CAUGUUUCAAGAACAGAAGGAGAUAUGGACAUUUUUAUAUCCAUUUACAAAAUAUAUUUCAGAUGGACAGUGAGGUCCGUUAUCACCGUCAUCAUCUGCAGCUGAAGGAUAAUUUGAUUUCCGUAGUAUAGCAUGUAAAUUGCUUUGUAGUCUUUGCCUGAUUCCAACCACUUUAUAUAAUUUAGUAUACAAAUGAAAUAGAGGACUAACAUCACAGCAAAGCAUCUGAAUGCUUCAAAGCAACAUACAUAUAAAAUGCCAUGCCAAGCUAUGCAGUUUGAAAUGAUGCAUGAGUCCUUAGGAAGAAUUGCUAUGUAAUAUCAUGGCUCCUUCUAAUUAUAGGCAAUCUCAAUGGAACAUGUUCUAAGCAUUAUGUAGCCUGACCUUGGUUUUUACCCAUGUAAAAAAUAAAAUAAAGCUAUAGAACACUCUACUUUUAAAAGGACAUUGUUAUUGUUGUUCUGAGAAAUGAAAGUAGGUUGCAUAAAAAGAUCCCAUAUGUUUUAUGUGACUCAGACUCCUGCUGCUAUGACUGCUAUCUUCUUUAUGUUGCAGAUAUUUAAAAUAUUGUAUAGAUAGAAAUUCAUAGACUUGAAAAUACAGAGAAGUAGUAAAAAUAAUACAUUUUAAUUUUCAUUUUGCAUUUUUUUUUUUAAACAAGUAGACUGUUUCAAAGGGGGCCCCUUGGCAUGAAAGGGGACAUGAGAUUUCUAGUAUGAGAGCAUGGUCAAAAUAAUGAGCAAGUCUUACACAAUUCUGUUUAGGACUUUUAUAUCUCAAUAUGUGUUCCUGCACACAGCCCCUUUCUUAAAACUGUGUAUUGGGAUUGAAUAAGCUGGUAGCAGCUGUGAGAUCAGCUUUUUUAAUAGUUCCCCUCAUCAAAACUUAAAGGGACAAUCCAGACCCCUAAAGCUCUUCAGCUUGCUGAAAAGCUUUGUGUCCCUCUGACCCCUUCCCUAUCAAUGAAAGUGUUAAAAAUAAAAACAGCUUUUUUUUUACCUGCCUUUUUAGAGCGCUGAGGUCACUUUGCACUCUCUUUACUUCCUCCGACGUCAUUUCGUGGUCAUCUCACGUUCGGCAAGCCCCAAUGCGAGAAUUGGGCCUUAAUUAUUUAACCUCUGUGAAACAGCAGGAAGUGCCUCUAGUGGCUUUCUGGUAGACAGUCACUAGAGGCAGUUUUAGCCCUGCUAUUGCAUGUAUUCAGGUUUAAGGGGACAGUGACACUGCACCCAGACCACUUAAUUAAAGUGGUCUGGUUGCCUAAAGUGUCCCUGUAAAGACACAAACCUUGACUUCUAGGCAGCAUUUAUUUAACCCCUUAACGAUGUUACGGCGUUCUAUGCCAUCGUAUUUAAAGGGCUUUAAAGCUGUUGCGGCAGCAUAGAACGCCGUAACGGCUUAAGCCCCCAGGAGAUCGGAGGUACUUACCUCCUCCGCGAUCCUCUUCUGGAGGGCUGCCUGAUAGCCCAAGCACACCACCCCCGGCUGGAUCUGCCAGCAGGGGGACUGUCUGAAAUAUCACAGUCCCCCUGCUGGUGGGAAAGGAAAAAAAAAUAAUAAUAAUUAGACGUGUAAAAUGAAUUAAAAGUAUUUUUAUAUAUAUAUAUAAAUAUAAAUUAUAUAAGUAUAUCUAAUAUAUAUAUAUAUAUACACAUAUUAUAUAUGUAACGUCAUACGUAAUGUAUUUUAAUAUUAAUAUAAGUGCAUAUAUUAGUAUUAAAAUACACUUAGAAUGACGUUACACACAUAUAUAUAUAUAUAUAUAUAUACGUAUAAUUACAAUAAUAAAGUUAUAAAAUAUUGAAACAAAAUUUAAUAUAAAUUAUAUAUUCAUAUGUAAUUUCAUUCUAACUGUAUUUUGUUAUUAAUAUAUAUAUAUAUAUAUAUAUGUAUAUGUAACAAAAUACACUUAGAAUGACAUUCUAUAUACCGUAUACGCACCGGCGUAUAACACGCACCUCAUUUUAAGAAGGAAAUUUCAGGGAAAAAAAACCUUAAAGGACCACUAUAGUGCCAGGAAAACAUACUCGUUUUCCUGGCAGUAUAGUGCCCUGAGGGUGCCCCCACCCUCAGGGACCCCCUCCCGCCGGGCUCUGGAGAGAGGAAGGGGUUAAACACUUACCUUUCUCCAGCGCCGGGUGGGGAGCUGUACUCCUCCUCUCCUCCUUGCUCGCGACGUCAUCGGCUGAAUGCGCAUGCGCGGCAGGAGCUGCGCGCGCAUUCAGCCGGUCGCAUAGGAAAGCAUUUACAAUGCUUUCCUAUGGACGCUUGCGUGCUCUCACUGUGAUUUUCGCAGUGAGAAGCACGCAAGCGCCUCUAGCGGCUGUCAAUGAGACAGCCACUAGAGGCUCUGGAGGCUGGAUUAACCCUCAGUAUAAACAUAGCAGUUUCUCUGAAACUGCUAUGUUUAUAAAAAAAAAAAGGUUAAUCCUAGAGGGACCUGGCACCCAGACCACUUCAUAAAGCUGAAGUGGUCUGGGUGCCUAGAGUGGUCCUUUAAAUUUCAAAUAAAGAACUUCUUACCCCCCUUUCUUACUCCCCCCUCUUCUUACUUCCCCUUCCCCCUCUUACCCCCUUCUUACUCCCCCUCCCCCUCUUCUUACCCCCCAUUCUUACUUCCCCCUCCCCCUCUUACCCCCUUGUUACUCCCCCUCCCCCUCUUCUUACUUCCCCUCCCCUCACCCACCCCUUUUCUUACUCCCCCCCUCUUCUUUCUUACCCCUCCCCCCUUUCUUACUCCCCCCUCCCCAUCUCUUACUCCCCCCCUCCCCUUCUUACUCCCCCCUCCCCUCUAUUCACCCCCUUCUUACCCCCCUCCCCUGUAGCGUGGCCGAGCCGCUCUGCUGUCCACGGUGUUUCCUGUACCCGGUCGGACUGACAGGAAGGUGCACACUGAGCGUGCACCUUCCUAUCACUCCAGCCGGGCACCGCGGACAGCAGAGCGGCUCGGCCACGCUACAGGGGAGGUGAGUACCAACUGCAGCCGCCUGAGCGCUCUUGACAGAGAGCUCAGGCGGCUGCAGUAUUUAAAGGGCCGGCGUAUAACACGCACCCACAAUUUGCCCCCUAUUUUCAGGGAGAAAAAGUGCGUGUUAUACGCCGAUAAAUACGGUAUAUCUAUCUAUAUAUAAAAUACAAAUAACCGCAAAUAUAUAUAAAGAUAAAUACAUAUAAUUACAUAAAAGUUUACAUUAGUAUACACGUAGAAUUUAAAUACCUAUAAAUGCAUAUAUAUUAAAAUUCUAUGUGUAUAUUUAAGUAAUCUUUUAACAUAAUUAUGUGAUUUGAUUAAUUAAAAUUUGAUUGACAUGCCUGACAACACAGGGAGAAAGGGCAGAGAAUUUAAUUUGCAAGCACUAUAUUUGACCCUGUAACUCUCUAAGACACCAAAAAACCUGUACAUGGCGAGGGGGGUACUGUUUUACUCAGGAGACUUCGCUGAACUGAAAUAUUAGUGUUUCAAACUGGUUAAUUGUAUUACAACGAUGAUAUUUUAAGUAAAAGUUAUGUUUUUUGCAUUUUUUUACAAAUGAACGGCACUUUUAUGGACUAUAUUAUUGUUGUAAUAUGUUUUACUGUUUUAAAACACUAAUAUUUGUGUUUACUGAGGUCUCCCGAGAAUAACAGUACCCCCCAUGUACAGGUUUUAUGGUGUUUUGGAAAGUUUGAGAGUCACAUAUAAGGCUUGCAUUUCAUUUUUUUGACAUUGAAAUUUGCCAGAUUGGUUAUGUUGCCUUUGAGAGUGUAUGGUAGCACAUGAAUGAGAAUUACCCUCAUGAUAGCAUACCAUUUGCAAGAGUAGACAACCCAAGGUAUUGCAAGUGGGGUAUGUCCAGUCUUUCUUAGUAGCCACUUAGUCAUAAACACUGGCCAAAUAUUAGUUUUUUGCUUUUUUCACACAAAAACAAAUAUGAAUGUUAACUUUGGCCAGUGUUUGUGACUAAGUGGGUUCUAAAAAAAGACUGAACAUACCCCACUUUCAUUACCUUGGGUUGUCUACUUUUUCAAAUGGUAUGCCAUUAUGGGGGUAAUUUUCAUUCCUGGGCUACCACACUGUCUCAAAGGUAACAUUACUAAUCUGGCAAAUUUCAAUUUGAAAAUGGAACGUUCUAUAUUUGACCCUGUAACUUUCCAAAACACCAUAAAACCUGUUAAUGGGGGGUACUGUUGUACUCGUGAGACAUCACUGAUUACAAAUAUGUGCAUUUUUUUUUUUGCAGUAAAACCUAACAGUAUUAUGACGUUAAUAACUAAAAUGUCAGACGGAAAUACAGAUUUUUUUUAAAAAUUGUAUUUUCUCACUUUUUAAAAAUUAUAUUCCAUAUAUGAAUAGUUAAUGAUAAAUUAAAGCCCUGUUUCUCCUGAACAAAAUGAUAUAUAAUAAGUGUGGGUGCAUAUAAUAUGAAAGAGGUGAAUUACGUUUGAACAGACAUAUAGGGCGAAUUCCAAUUUUGCACUAUUGACUCCGUCCUGAAGGAGUUAAUAUUACAUAUUUAUGGCUUUCCACUGUCGUUUAUGUUGUACCUAAUAUUUGUUUCCUUUUUAGUUAUGGAAAGCUGUUGCUUACCGGACAGUCAAGUAAUCACCAUAGAAACGGACGUCUACCUCUGUUUUCCAAUCGUUCUAAGUCACAUGAUGGAUGUUUACCACAGAAUUCACUAACACAUACUUUAUAAUGUCAAGCAAAGAGGAAGAGGUCUUCUCACUGGGAGUCACUCCACCACCGGCUAGUUCUUUUCACCUGGACAACUCAACUUUUCUAUUACGUUUUGGAUAAAACUGACUUACAAAUGGAUGUUUGUACUCUUUAUUCAUAUUUAUAAAGUAAACUUGUUCCUUUGUGGGUUUUUCCAGAAAGAAAAAUGAAAUUUCCAUUUUAUUGGCUUGCUAUUAACCAAACAAAGUAAUUACUUUUUCUGAGUAUAAAUCCAAAAAUUUUUGGGCAUGGCUACUGAUCCAACGUGAUUGCUUGGGGACCACCAUUAGUCUCAUGAGUGGGUAUACCAUGCUGCGAAAUGGGGGUUUGGGAAAUGGUGGCCAGCCCUGGAUGUUACGGUGGUCCAGUAGGAUAAGACUUUCUUGGCUCAGCUUCACAUUGUUCAUCAUCCUGGUCUUCUUCCCACUAAUUGCCCACUAUUACCUCACCACCAUUGACGAUGCUGAUGACGCAGGUAAGAAAAUGUUUGUUCCACGUACGGUUAAUGAACUCUGUGAAGUUAAGCAUGUUCAGGACCUGUGUCGCAUCCGAGAGUCGGUGAGUGAAGAGCUGCUUCAGCUGGAGGCAAAGCGGCAGGAACUUAACAGUGAGAUCGCAAAGUUAAAUCUAAAAAUUGAAGCAUGUAAAAAAAGUAUUGAGAAUGCAAAACAAGACCUCCUUCAACUAAAAAAUGUCAUCAGUCAGACAGAGCAUUCAUACAAAGAACUGAUGGCACAAAAUCAGCCAAAGCUUUCAUUGCCAAUUCGGCUUUUGCCAGAAAAAGAUGAAGCUAACAUACCAUUGCCAAAGUCUAAAAGGAACUGCCGGCUGCAUAAUUGUUUUGAUUACUCUCGUUGUCCACUUACAUCCGGGUUUCCAGUUUUUGUCUACAACAGCGACAAAUAUCCUUUUGGGAACUUAGUGGAUCCUUUAAUCAAACAGGCCUUGGAGGCGAGUGUCAGAACUAAUGUGUACGUGACCGAAAAUGCAAAUAUUGCUUGUAUAUAUGUAGUUUUACUGGGAGAAAUGCAGGAGCCAAUGAUGCCAAAAGCUACUGACCUGGAGCAACAGUUGCACUCUCUACCGUAUUGGAGAACUGAUGGCCGCAACCAUCUAAUUAUUAAUUUGUCCAGAAAAUCUGAAACCCAAAACUAUCUUUACAAUGUCAGCACGGGGCGUGCCAUGAUUGCCCAGUCCACCUUUUACGAUGUACAGUAUCGACCUGGUUUUGAUAUUGUGGUGUCACCCUUAGUCCAUGCAAUGUCUGAACCAAACUUUCUAGAAAUACCAUCCCAGGUACCAGUGAAAAGAAAGUACCUAUUCAGUUUUCAAGGAGAGAAAAUUGAAUCUCUUCGAUCAAGUUUGCAGGAGGCCCGUUCGUUUGAGGAAGAGAUAGAGGGCAAUGCACCAGCAGACUAUGAUGACCGCAUUAUUACCACUCUUAAAGCUGUCCAGGACAGUAAGUUGGAUUUUGUCAUGGUUGAGUUUACCUGUAAAAACCAACCUAAAGCAAGUCUGCCCACUGAGUGGGCUCUUUGUGGGGAAAGGGAAGAUAGGUUAGAGCUACUGAAGCAAUCCACAUUUGCACUGAUUAUUACACCAGGGGAUUCCCACCUUAUUAUUUCUGCUGGCAGUGCCAUGAGACUCUUUGAGGCUCUUGAGGUUGGCGCCAUACCAGUCAUCCUAGGUGAACAAGUACAGCUACCCUAUCAUGAUAUGAUUAGGUGGAAUGAGGCAGUGUUAAUAAUUCCAAAACCACGUAUCACAGAAGUACAUUUUCUCUUACGGAGCAUUUCAGAUAACGACCUUCUCUCAAUGAGGAGACAAGGACGUUUCUUGUGGGAGACCUAUUUUUCCACCUCUGACACUGUUUUUAAUACGAUCUUGGCUACCAUAAGGACUCGUAUCCAAAUUCCAGCUGCUCCCAUUAAAGAAGAGCCAGCUGUGGAGAUUCCUCACAGGUCAGGAAAAGCCGCAGGUACAGAUCCAAAUAUGGCAGACAACGGGGACUUGGAUUUGGGUCCAGUUGAAACAGAACCACCUUAUGCAUCUCCUAAAUAUCUGCGUAACUUUACGCUAACUGCAACAGAUAUCUACAGAAACUGGAAUACUGCACCUGGUCCUUUCCAUCUCUUUCCUCACACACCAUUUGACCCUCUUUUGCCGUCUGAAGCAAAGUUCCUGGGUUCUGGAACUGGAUUUCGCCCUAUUGGUGGUGGUGCUGGGGGUUCUGGGAAAGAGUUCCAAGCUGCACUUGGUGGAAAUGUACCUAGGGAACAGUUCACCGUGGUUAUGUUAACAUAUGAGCGUGAGGAAGUACUAAUGAACUCCUUGGAGAGAUUAAAUGGUCUCCCAUACUUAAAUAAGGUUGUAGUAGUUUGGAACUCCCCAAAGCUGCCAUCUGAAGAUUUGCUGUGGCCCGACAUUGGAGUACCCAUAGUGGUAAGUUCCUAAAACCACUUUAGAAGUGUAUGUAUAUGCUAUGUUAUGCUAAUGCAUUUUUUUUUUAUCUUAGGCAGGCUGUUGCUUGCAAUAACUUUAUGCAUUAGUUAACAGCCUGAUAUUGUAAAAUGUCUAUAUAUUGUUCACGUCACCCACAAUAUCUAAUUUGCUUUUGGACAUAAUUAUUUGUGUAUUCGGUUAUUGCAUUCUCAAUUUUCUAAUAUUUGUGAGGGAAACCUGCAGAUUUCUUUAUCUGAUUACCCUGUCCUAAAAAAAAAAAAAACUGUUUUGUUUUUUAAAGGUACAUUUUGGGAACUAAAAAAUUUAAUUGGAAUAAAGUUAUAGUGCCAGGAGCUUUCUGGUUCCUGCUUACCUUCACGGGCUUAAACUCUUAACAAAUGAUUGAACCCCAAUAUAUUCAGCCCUGUGCUGGUCAGCUCUGCCCCCCCCCCCAUUUCAGUCUGAGGCUUCAUACAGGGAUUAUGCUAAUAGGCUCUCAGACUAUCAGUAUCUCCAAAUUCAUAAAACACAGUGAGAACAUAUUUUUCUCACACAGUUUUGUGAAGCUCUGCCCCUUUCUGAGAAUUCAUGUUUGAAGUCUUGGAUUGCAACACAGUUUGUGAGGCAAAGCUGACCAGUGCUGGACUUAAGACUUUGAGGUUAAACCAUUCGAAGGUAAGCCAGUGCCAGGGACCUCCUCACACCAUACCUUCAGAUGAAAUUGUUACGGUACCCAGAGUGUUCCUUUUAAAUACAACAAUCCCCACAUACAAAGGUACUUCCUCCCAGGCAUGUGCAACAUGGUGGAGUGACAGUGGAACAUGCUUGUUAGGAUUAAAAUGAGAGGGGGUCUGAGAGACUAGCAGAGAAAUAGCAGAAAAGAGAUUGAAAACGCGAUUGUGGAAAGAUGCCGGUAACAAAAAACCUUGGAUAAAGGAGAGACUUUAUUUUUUUUUAGUUUCUUCCUCUGCCAAAAAUGUGGGAAGAGAUUGGAGGGAUAUGUGGAAUACAUGAGGGGGAUGGGAAAGGGGAAUUUUGCCAAGGACAGUAAAAUUCCCCGUACCAACCCUGAGAAACAUGAACAUGGUGGCUUUGGUAAAACCUCUGUUACAUUUAGUAUGGUGUCAUUUUGUGGUGGUCGAGUGGAUGGUGUGGAUUAGAGGUUAUUGUACGUUAAAGCAAAAUAUCUUCUUUGUUGGUUGGAUUUGUUUGCACUUUAGAACUUUUUGUGUAUAUAUAGCUUGCAAUUAACCCAAUAUGGAACCACCCUAAACCCUAACUGGCACGAGCAGUAUCGCAAGCUAUUUUUACGACCUUUAUUGCUUUGAAUUCCCCAACAGCUUUGAGGUUCAUUGGUGCUACUUUGAUCAUGUCGGGCUUUUAAAAUCCCAGCUUUCCUUGCAGGUCACGGUAACUGCUACAAAUCUACCCUAUGGCUUUAGGAUAUUUUACACUAACACACACAUAGACAGCCAUGUGUAUUCACAGGGGGUUUUCUCCUUCUCAUUGUUGACAAAAUACAUUUUGCGAAAAACAUUGUUUGGGUAAAGAUUUCUGCUGAUUCUUAGUAAAGUGCACAGCAGUGUAUAAACACAGAUUUUGAUGGGAACUAAAAUCAAAUUACCAUGCUUCCUAUCCCAAAAAGUACACAAUGUAUUUCUUAAAUUUUUCCUUCUAGUGUCUUUUAUAAAAUCCCUUCUACUGUACUGGUCUCUACCACUCCUGCUGGAAAUCUAUCCUGCGUAUAUGUCACUGCCCCCUCCCACACCCUGCCCUGCUUUUAGAGCAGUUUGAAUAAAAACAACCCAUAAACGAUUCUCAGACAACUAUUUGGGAUGAAAAAGAGACUUUGAUUUAAUGGCAAUCUUUUUAUUAUUAUUAUUAUUAUUAUUUUAUUAUUUAUAUAGCGCCAACAAAUUCCGUAGCGCUGUACAAUGGGUGGACUAACAGACACAUAACUGAGAUCAGACCACUGACGUACAGGAACAGAGGGGGUUUUAUUAAUGUUUUGUGCUGUUGAUCCAAUAAUGUCCUAAAAUGGAAGAUUUUUCUUAACAUUAAGAAACUGAGGCAAACCUAUCUCCAGCUCUCUCGGCCUAUCAUUGUUUUCCAGUUCGGGCAAAUUUGCUAACGAAAAUGCAUACGUAUAGUUUCCACAUUUUGAGUAUGGUUUCUUUGGCUGCUAUAGAGAUAUGGGUUGUGGAUUUUUUAUGGCUUGACGCCCAGGACAUGUAUUACCAGGCAUAUAGUUUUUUUCGGCCUUUGGCCCUUCUGUGGGCAAGCGACAGGGCUGGGAGUAUAAGAUCUAGGUCUCCGGCAGUUAUAGAUAAGUGAUGCAUCUAGCAUGUACUCAGACUUCCUGAGUGCCAAACUGCAAGGGAGCUAUUUCACAGUGCUCCUCCCAGUGGUCCAGACCCAGUUUAACCACUAAGAAAUAUAGCUAAUCUAAGGGAGCAAGAGGGCAGCAAAAUAGAAUACCACACAGCCAGCACACACCGCACACCCUGUCAUUAAACCUAGCCACCACCAAGCACUAAGGGGGAGGGAGGACAGAGGGCGAGACACUGAACUACAAAUUCUCACAAAGCAAAACUGAGGCAAAAAUAGCCUGUUAUGACUAUAGAUGGAUAACUUUUCCAGAUCAGCUAUUGUUCCCUCAGUUUUUCCAUUUGGAUCAAAUUUGGGUAAAUUCUGAGUUUAGUAAUGUCCAGAUCUAAAUACGGUUUACCAAACUUUCACAUUUGAGAUUUUGUGUCAGGACAAGUAGAUUGAGCUACCAGUUUAGUGUCUUGGGCAAGUAGAUUUUAUUUAUUUAUUUUUUAUAUUCUUUAUUUUGAUAGUGCAAUGAGGUCAACAGUCGUGCCCGCAGUGCCACAACAGCAACUGCUGGCUAUACAUGGUAUACAGUGUCAUGACAUAUUCGUAAGUUGCACAAUUUUAUAAGUUAACUGGUCGAUACAAAUCGUACUAUAUUACCGGUAGUGAUUAGUAGUAAGUAAAUAGCUACAUAUCGUUAACAUUUGUCUUCGUUAGAAAGGUUGUAACGUUUUUGUUUUUUAAAAAAGUAGUAGGUCCAGAUGUUAAUGUGAUAGGUUAAACAUAUGAAAAUAGUAAUAAUAAUGUCUUGGGUGUGAGUGUGAUAAGGUGUGGGGGUCGACCUAUGUCUGACUGAGAGCGGGAGACCUGUCCGGCUUCCCUUUAGUCAUGUUUUGGCUGCCAGAAGCUUGCAGUGUUUGGUGCCUUGUAUUCCGUCGUUGCUAGGAGUAGGUUAGAGAUUUGUCCCGUAGAUGAUUAUUGCUGGUGUGCGCCUGAUAAUCUAUAAGUAUAUCGCGUCUGUCCAUGGUAUAUGUCUUUCUUUGCUUCCCUUGGGUUACGCUCUACCUCAUCUAUAUGUUCAUCUGGGUCGUACUUAUCUCUGCGUAGGAGAUGUCGUGUAACCAGGCUUGCUGUGUGGUGUACUGUUGUGGCAGUGUGUGUAUAGUGUCCGUUUCCUACCCCUUCUCUCUAGGUUGCCUGUAUUACCCCCUCGUCAUUUUUUUUAUUUUUUAUUUCCACACCCCUAGAGAUUUAGAGUUCUUGUUAAACCACUCCAUGAUUUGAUUACAAAAAAAUUGGGUCAGCAACCACAGACAUAUGGCACAAUAACCACUUCAGUCAGCUGUAGUGAUUAUGGUGCUCUCCUUUACAUUUAAUGUAACUUUAAAAAAAAAAAAAAAUCCUCUUUUCCAAACAUUAAGAGCAGUAACAUACUUAUGAGCAUUAAACUGUUUGUAAAAUCUGUGGCAGUUGUUGUCAACAUAAAUUGGGUUCUUGACCAUAAUGUAUUGUUUGAGUAAGGAAUGUUUGCCAUGACCUUUCACAAACGCUUUAUUCGGCCUGUUUGUAAAUUCAGAAAUCAUUUUCUGGGACUUCCGAAUGGAGUGUUUCAUACGUUAGGUUAUUGUCCUAUCUCCUGUGAAAUUAGGAAUGCAUCAAUAUAUAACCCCUUGGGUAAAUUAGACUUCAACAUACUUCCUGUAUCACUUAACCCCUUCCAGGCAUAGAAAGUUUACAGCCUAAGUAUUCAAACUAUGCUCCAGUUACACAUUUUCUGUGCACAUUUAGCCACGAGCAUGAUGUUAGCUGUUUUCAUAUUGUUAAUUUUUCACCCCCGUGCUGGUACUUGGAAACCUGUGAACAUAUGGUUUUACAACCUAGUAGGACAGGAUAUUUUAUGUUUGAAUUACUCUUUGAUGAUGGGGAGGGGAGUGGGAGGAGAAGAACACUGGGGAGGGGAGUGGGAGGAGAAGAACACUGGGGAGGGGAGUGGGAGGAGAAGAACACUGGGGUGGGAGUGGGAGGAGAAGAACACUGGGGAGGGGAGUGGGAGGAGAAGAACACUGGGGUGGGAGUGGGAGGAGAAGAACACUGGGGAGGGGAGUGGGAGGAGAAGAACACUGGGGAGGGGAGUGGGAGGAGAAGAACACUGGGGUGGGAGUGGGAGGAGAAGAACACUGGGGAGGGGAGUGGGAGGAGAACACCACUAUGGGACAGGGAAGGGUGGGAGGAACACUGAGGGGUGGGGGGGGGGGCACUAAGGUACAGGGAAGGGAAAAGGAACACUGGUGUAGGGGGGACCACUAAAAGAGAAGGGAUGUUUUUCAUAUUAGAUUCAUUACAUUCAUUAAAAAGUCUAAUAUUAAUAAAAUUAUAGAAAAAAACAAUUUUAAUAUCAUUUGGGGAAAAAAGUAAUUUUCGGUUUUCGACAAAGGGAAACCUGAAUUUUCUUUUUCGGACCAGAAUUUUUAUUUUGGUGCAUCCCUAUUCCACAAUAACUUAUUAACUAUGCCAAGCUUGAUUGUUGUGACUGCAUUGACUGUCACUGUUCUUAAAGUGACACUGUCAAUUAUGGGUGACAUUGCCACUUCUGUGAUUCCUUGGAAGGAGAGGUUGAAUGUAAAUAUGCAUGCCCUCUCUCCUUGCAGAUACCAUAUUGACUCAGACUUGAGAAGAUGUUGCCAGCAACUCGUGUUUUCUUGAGCAUGCACGAGAGUACAACUGGGACAGGGAGUUGUCUGUUGAAGAUCAUGUUAGCCCUGGAUCUAAGAUAGAUAAUGAUCUUGCACACAUGCAGUCAGGUGCCAUUUGCAAGAAGAUGCUCUCUCUCAACAGCUGAAAGGAAAAAGCAGGAUGUGGUGGCAGAAGUUGCUUCUAGCUCUGUUCUUUACCACAUUAAGACAUAAAUCUGCUCUUACAUGAGACAAAACAAUCUUUACUUUCUUGUGUGUGUGUGUGUGUGUAUAUAUAUAUAUAUAUAUAUCUAUAGAGAUAUUUAUGUAUAUUCUAUCUAUGUGUGUGCAUGUGUUUCCUUUAACUGUCCACCACCAUUACCAGUCCUCUGUCGCUAUAGUUGUAAGAUAAAGUGGGAAAAUUCAUCCUUUGUCAGUCAUAGUAGUGGAAAAACCUAAACUGAAACCACAAGUGCCAUUUUCUCAGUAUAUGUGUUUUCAGUAUCCUGACCAGGUCUAUUUUAGGAAUGGACAUUUGCUUUGUGCAAUGCUUCUGGCCUCCUGUGACUCACACUUUUUUUGCUUCCAAUGCAUCCAUGUUGCAGCAGGUCUGAGCUAUGCAGUGUGAGUCAGGAGCACUGGCAUGACUCUUCUCAGAGACCUUUACAGCCGCUGUAUUAACUCCAGUAAUACAGCGUGUGAUUUGCUCUCACUGUUGUGUGCAAUGAUGCAGAUACAAUGAUAUCAUCCAUUCAAUGAUUCGUAUAAUGAAAACAAACAAAAGCCUUUUUGUACAUCCAGCUCCUUAAAUAACGCUGUUUUUUUUUUUUCUUUUUCUUUUUUUUUAUUGUAUCCAAGCACCAUAACUGUUACAGCCCAUUGUAGUGGUUAUGAUGCCUGGACUACACCGUCACACUCCCACAAACUGAUUAAGAAUGCUUUGGCCCAGUCGCCACUGCUACCUUCUCUGCAGCUGGCAAGCCUGGCAGUGUAGGGCAGCAUGGUGGAGCUAACCUAGCUCCUGGCUCCAGAGGAGGCUGUAAUUGGUACCAGAUGGACCAAAGGUGAGUUGGGAAACUGUUCUUAAACUGGAAGCGCAAUAUCGCACUUAUGACGCUGGAGAAUUGGUGUUGAUGUGGCGGCUACACCCAAAUAUAAAAGUUACAUAAUGACUUCUAUUUUAUCUGAUAUCCUAGGAGUCUGCUUUUUAAUAGGGUGAAAAUAUUCUAAGCACUGACAAAAAUAUCUCCACUUUGUGUUAUUUUAACUCUUGACAAAUUUGUUUGGAAUCUAGGAGCCAGCUAAAAAAGUUAGGAGCCUGUUGUUUUUAAGGGACACUGUAGUCACCAGAACCUCUACAGUUUAAUGUAGUUGUUCUGGUGCCUAUAGCUUAAUUUUGUUGUGUCUAUUCAUACAAGUCUCUUCCUAUAGUAUUAUCAGCCUUUAUAUAGCACCAACAUAUUACACAAAGGCUUGACUCACUUGCUUUGAAUCUAGGAGCCAGCUAAAAGAGGUUAGGAGCCAGGAUUUGUCUAAUCUUCCAAAGCUUUAUUUUUAACAAAAAAAAAUACCAAGGGACACUAUAGUCACCAGGACGACUACAGAUUAAUGUAGUGCUUCUGGUGUCUAGAACCUGUCCCUGCAGACUUUUCAAUGGAAACAUUAUCUUUACAGAGAAAAUGCAGUGUUUUCAUUGCUGCCUAGUGAUACAUCUAGUUGCAGUCACUCAGACAGCCACUAAAGUGCUUUCUUUCUCAGUGCAGCACAGUGUGCAGUUCCAGCAUUCAUCGUCACCACGCUCUGCAUGGAGGCGCUGAGUUUUCACCAUAGAGAUACAUUGAUGAGAUGCUGAUUGGGGCCACAUUUUGCAUUCAUGCCCAAUAGCUUCCCAAUACUUUCCUAUAGGAAAGCAUUGGAUUGGCUGAGAUAAUCAAGCUUGAUGAUCUCAGCCACAGAUGUGGGGCGGGGCGACCGGCUCGGCGUGUGAAAAAAAGGUGUUUAACCCCUUAAGGACCAAACUUAUGGAAUAAAAGGGAAUCAUGACAUGUCAUGUGUCCUUAAGAGGUUAAAAACACCAUUCCCAUGUGAUCUAUAACAUACACUGACAGACACACACUCCAUGGGGUAGAGAGGAGGCGGGUGACCAGCUGCGUGUACUGCAGGCUGGUGGUCAGGGAGCUGUGAUCUCCCUGCUCUACUCCCUCGCUCGCUGAAUAGUAAUGCUGGGCCGGAGUGAUGCAAUUUUCCUUCCCAAGCAUCACUAAGUGAUGGGAGCAGAGCAGGUAGAUCAGAGCUCCCUCGUUGCCUGCCUCGGAGGGAAUGGGCACACAAAUUCCAGGCUCCCUGGGAUUUGUUGGUCCAUGUAUUACACAGCAUUUAUUCGCACGACAUGAAUAUGAAGAUUGCAAUCUAUGAGGAUUUAACGUAGGUGGGUGUGUGUUAGAUUAUUUCCUAGUUUACUAAUAUUGUCUCUAGCUAUAUUGAUAUGGCUUAGUCGCAAGUAGGCGUGCCAGCAUGGCACAAAAUCUUUUAGUGUGUGAGGGAGGUCUAGUAUUGUCCUGUAGUAUUGUCCUCCUAUGUGAGGUUUCCUGCACUAUUACUUCCAGGCAAUAUAUAAUCCCACAAGGUCCACCACUCUACUUCGAGUAUUAAUUAGCUCAUACCCCAAGGAUCUGGUAUUUUGUACCAGUUGACAGCCCCAGCAUCUAGUUCGGAUUACUGCUGGUCACUUCUGGUGCUGUCAUUUUUCUUUGCUCUAUAUAUUAUUUGGUAGAAUUAAUGGUUUAUUAGAUCUCUAGCAACUCUGUGUGUUUAUCCUCAAAGUUGGUAAUAUUAUCCCUUUAUCAGGUGGUUAAAUUAACUUUGUUUCAGAAUAGUAGUUAUAGUAAUCUGGUUUAUGCGUGAGGUUCCCUUCAAGGAAAAAGGCAUCUCUUUCUAAACUAAUUUUUUUUAAAUCCAUUUUUACUGUUUCUGUGCUGAUAAAUGACCUGUUAAACUGAUCUACAUCUUUUAAAACAGAGCAGUGAGAAUGUAUUGCUUAUUUGCAAGUUAUUCACGAUCUUAGAUUCUAAUGGAGAACCUGACUCGUACAAGUAUGGCAACCGUCUAGUGAUCAUCCUGAUGUCAGACAUCCCUCGUGCUUAAAGCGGAGCCGUCAGUUCCCAAUAUUGCUAAUACAAUAAAUAUGUAUUUGUGAGGUGUGAAAAAUAAAAUUAAACAUAGAAAUCAACACCUCUAUAUCCUGCAUCUGGCGCCUCCAUCUUAGCUCCCUGUCAGUCGUUAUAAGCUCUAUACUGUGCACCAGGCAGUCAGCAUAGAGAGAGCAUACAGGAAAGAGGAGAAAUGAAGCAAUGUUCCUAUUUCUUCUCUUAAUUUGCAAUAUUUGCCCCGGUUGUGCCUUGUUUGUAAUGGAUUAUGGUUUCCUUCACUAAAACAUUGGUCAAAACAAAGCAUGGCAUUAAAAAAGGGAACAUAAAUUAUAGGUAAAAAUAUUUAAUAUGCACAUGGUGCUAAAAACUUACUGGAAAGUUACAUUUUAGGUCAGUGUAGUGGGGUGCAAACACACUCGGCACUCAGUUGUAUGGAUUGAUGUGUACUGGACAAAUCGGCUGACAAUGUAAAAAGAGAGGAGUUAAACUGAAGGUUUGCAAAGGCUUCUUACUGCGCUGCAUUGGGAAGUCUGCGUUGAACAGCCAAAGAAAGUCUGGGGGAAGGAGAGUGGGCUUGCAAAGGCUGCAGACAAGACAUUGCAGUUUUUGCAAGCUGUUUUUAGAUAUAUCCCCCAAUGUAAAAAAAAAAUGCUUAAAUAAAUGUCUUUGCUUAGGGUAUGCCUACUAAGUAGUGCCUUUUAAAUUGUGUUGGUGCUCAGAGUGUUCAACUCCGCCAAAGAACUUGGUCUGCAUAGUAGCCUCUACGUUUUCUUGUGUUUUAAGAAGGGGAAAGGGAAAAUAGACUGUUUAAAAAAAUAAUAUAUAUAUAUAUAUAUAUAUAUAUAUAUAUAUAUAUAUAUAUAUAUUAUGAGGAACUUGGCAUUCCAUUACCAUUUGCAUCCAUACAGCAGGGUUUUGUAUGAGACAUGUAAUUACUAAAGAACACUCAUUCACUUUGCAAUACAGUGAUUUGUCUAAUAUAUUGGAAAUGAUGAGUCCUAAUGUGUCUUAUACCCCACCUCCUAUAGACUGUAAGCUCGUUUGAGCAGGGUCCUCUUCAACCUAUCGUUCCUGUAAGUUUUCUUGGAAUUGUCCUAUUUUUAGUUAAAUCCCACCUCUCAUAAUAUUGUAAAGCGCUACGGAAUCUGUUGGCGCUAUAUAAAUGACAAUUAUAAUAAUAAUAAUGAGCCUUCGGAAGAUUAAAUAGAUCUGUUCUGCUUGUGGCCCUCGUAGAUUUGUGAAUUCAUUAUUAUAUUUGAGUGGGUGAUUUUAAUAGGUGUUUUUCUCUCUCUUCUUUUUCAAUAGUAUAAUUCUAAUAAUGUCAGUAUUGAGAUCAGUUCCUCUCCAAAGGCAAAAUGUGUCAGAAUCCUGGUUUAUUUAUUUUUAGUUUAAUGCAUUGCAAAUUUACUGGCCAUGACUCCUAGCAAUUAGACUGUGGUUUAGGAUGUAUAUUUCCCUUUCAUUUCGUGGUUACAGCCUCAAGAUAUGCAUACAUUGACAGAAUAGUAUUUUAUUUUGCUUUGGCAAAAGGCUGAAUUACAGAUUUAAGAUUGGUCUAUUAUAGCAGUUUUUUUCUUUAUUACUGUUAAGAAAGGAGGAUUUAAUAACCCCAUAGUCCUUGAGGGCAGGUGCAUGUGAAAGGAAGAAGAAUCUGUAUUUAAAAAAAUAGAACGUGAAACCACAAUGUGACUUAAAUAUAAUCCUGUAAUUUUUUUAUCAGUAACUAUAUGAUAAUACAGUGGUAGAGUUAGGAAGUCUAUUUACCAUACAUUGUGCACCUGUAGCUUAUAGGUUUGCUUUUCAAAAUCUAUUUGGAAUAGAACACAGUGCGUAGUUUUGUUACAUUGCGGCCCCUGUGCGCAAAAAAAAAAAAAAAAUGUUCUCCGAAUAAUGGGGAUUCUGGCACAAAAUCUCAGCAAAAAUGACACAUACAUAGUGAUGACUUUUUUUAGUGCUGUUUAGGUAAACAUUAGACAGGUGGAAAAUGUUAUCUCUUUCAUAAAUUAAUCGAUUCAUCCCAAUCAAAAUCCUUUUAAUCCACACCCGAAUAAAUCGAUCAUUCUGGGAAAUAAAUGGACGAAUCUAAUGACUUCGGUGUUGAUUCAAAGGCUUUUGAUUUAGACAAAUCGAUUUGUUUAUGGGCAAAACUAAAUUUUGCACGUCUAGUAAUUUAUUCUUGGAUUCCUCCACAACACGAACAAUGCCAUGUGAACAAUAGCUUGCUGCUCUGUAAUUUAUGAAGCCAGAAUGAGUUUUCAAACAUAACUGGGUGAUAUUUACAUUUUGGAGACUGGUGAUACUUGCUACUCAUACUGUACAUUGGUAUACUAUAUGUGCAGAUGCAAUGGUUGUUAGCAAUAAUUGUCCUAUCGAUAAUAGCCAGUAUUCUAUAUCCAGGAUUAUAUCACUUUGUGGUCAUGACACAUUUUAGGAAAUUGUCCGUCUUCAAAGGAAUACUAGAUGGAAUCUCUACCCUGCUAAUCUCUUUGUCUCUGUGGGUAUCGUUUUUAACGGUGUCAUGCAGAUACAGACUAUAAGCAUGAAUUAACAGCAGAUUAGAGGACCAGGGAAUAUUGAGCUAAGUGAAGAGCCAGACAGGGUAGACAUAAUGAAUCUACAGCUCCAGUUGACACCAUUGCAGGCAUACUAUGCAGGAAAUACUGUAGAUAACCACGAAAAAUUACACUUCACUUUAAUUGGCAUAUUCCAGCAUCAAAACACUGUCUAGUAAACCAUAAAUAUGUAUGGAGCAGAGUGUUUAAUAUACUUUACAGUACUGCUUAGCACUAAAGGAAACAAAUCCUAAUCUUUUGCACCCUCACUGUAUCCUGCUUUGUCUUGAAAGUUAAAGUGGCAUUUUCACUUUCUGAGAUCUUUAGUGCUGGGUGUCUCGUGGCUGUGGGAUGUAGGGAAAAUAAGCACUAUACUAGUAAAGAGAAAGCUGUAAAUAACUGAUAAAAUUUGUAUCUUGUAAUACCUUUUUUAUUGUACUAACAUAAUUUCUCAAUCACAACCUUUCGGGAGAACCUCCCUUUCUCAAGUCUAAAGCGACUUAUGCGGCUACCAUCUCUACUUGAACAGUAAAGAGAUAGAUAUAUAGAUAUAUAUUUUCCUUUUUUCUUCAAUAGGGGUGCAUCAGGAAAUAGGAAGCUUGUACUGACUGCCUAUGUAGUGUUUGUAGUGUUAAUGGGCUUCCACUAAAAUGUAAGCAAAAGGUUUGUUAUAAUUUUCAGUUCUAAAAGUACAACAUUUUGAAAUGGAAUAUUUUAGUAGUUUAAAACCAUCUGGCCUGUAUACCAGUAUUAGUAUCAUACCACACACAAUUCCUUGAAAGUCUUGCUUAGAAAAGGGCCAUUCCACCCCCAUUACAACUUCUUAAUUAAUGGAUUCAUUCAGACGUUGUCCAUUACCUCUCCUAUGUACUUUAUAGUGUUAACCCCAUUGAUGCCGAAGGUUUCCUCGGUCGCUGGCUACUCUUUCAUCCCAUCACUGGCCACUCAUUGUGUAUAACCGUACACACUAUUGCUUGCUAUAUGCAGCCAUCGAUAGGCUGGCCUUCAGCUAAUCAUCUCAGCUAAUGAAUUCCUUUCAGAGACGAUUGUAAUUGAUAUAAUGCAGAAAUAGGGAUUACCACUUUAAUGAUAUCUGUAAAUCACUAAUUCUCAUCCUGAAAAGUGAUUUACCAUUGGUCAGCGCCAGGGGUCUCCUGUAACCAUAACCACUAGAGUCUGCUGUAAUAUUUUAUAAACCUAAGAUGGUCCUUUAAAAAAAAUGUGUUGGCCUUUGUGGCUGGGCCAGGCCUGUUUAGAGCUAGACCUGUUUUAUGUAUUUUCUUUUAGGAAAGGUGAAGAAGUGUGUAUCCAUGUAGUUCAAUCCAAACUAAUCAUGGUCUCUUGGGCUUGCCUGGUGCUGCUGAUCGCGCAGCUAUGUACCAAUAAAGGCAUUAAAAAUAGUCAUAUAUUACACAAGUCGCUGAUUUCGGCUGAUGUAGUUCGGUUUGCUUUUGCAGUUAUUUUCUCUUUGGGUUCCAACGUGCAUAACACAAUCACUAAAAUGCAAUAAUAUGGGGCAGUUAUUGGCUCUUGUACCAAACAUCCAGUUGUGCUGUUACUUUAAUUGUCAAUCAGUCAUUUUGUGAGGGGUGUCAUUUGGUUGAUGCAGUAUUGGGGUCCAACGUGGCACGACAUGAAGAAUGCAUAGAGAACAUCCAGUGCAGGAUUUAAUCCCUAAUUUAAACAUCCCUUAACCUAAUCUUGUGAUUUCAUGGGUCUGCCAUUUGGGAAUCACCUCUCAUUACUUCACUGGUGAAAGCUGCUGUAGAAGUUGUGUUAUUUUGGCAUUGUGUUCAAUUAAAACUCUAUUUUUAUGCUGUCUUACAAUAAACUGUCUGGGUUCCUUGCCAGUAACCAAUACCACAAUGACUUUGCCUUUCAAAUUUGGGAGGAGAUAAGCACCAAUUUAGCUGUCCUCUCCUAAAAUAUAUACAUAUGUCACAUCUGUCACCAGCAGGGACACUGACAGGUUGAUGUUACAUGAUGUAUGGCAUUUAAGCAUCUAUAAUUAAAAGGGCAAUAUUACGACAUAAUGACCAUGAAAUGUAGAUGUGUUUUAAUGGCAUGUAGUUUGGCAUAAAUGUAAUAGAAAUCUGUAUAUAUUGAUAUAUAGGAACCCCUAUGUGUUUUUUAUAUAUAUAUAUAUAUAUUUAGUAUAUUUUUGUGUCGUGUGACACAAAAAUAUACUAAAAGCUUUGCAAUUCUACAAUCUGUGGAGGUCAGCUUCAGACUGUGAUCUGGAGACUUUCACUCUAAGAUUGAGGGUUAAAGCAAUACUGGGCAGGGUUACCAUUUGUCUUUAUUUAUUUAUUUAUUUUCUUUAGAGGAAAAAAAAUAUCCUUUUACUCCCACCUCUCACACUUAUGUUAAGUCCAAAUGAAUUUUUUUUUUUUUAAAUCAGGUGAUCGAAAAAUAAAUCCGUACUAAUGCCAUGAUUCUUGGUUUAAGGCUGAAUUUAAACACAAAUGAAACAGAAAAUGUUGACGUCCGUUUCCUUUUAAUGAGUUCCUUUGGAAGGGCAUUGCACAUUUGAUCAGACGAUGUUUCCUUUAUAGAUGGAUACUGCAAAUCCCAGUCUUGAGAGAGAUAGACUGACUUAUAUAAUAUAUAAAUAUAUAAAUCCUUCCCAAACCCACUUUUUACCAGCACCAUCUGUUUUCCUCUGUUCACAAGGAAUAGUAUGUGAUAUAUUGGUUUACAUAUUGACUUACUAAAGUUUAAUGUUUAUUACUUUCUAGUAGCACUAAAAUAAGAAAAAAAAAUGUAUGCAUGUGCUUAUAUUUAAAUUAAUAACUGAAAAGGUUAUUUGUAACAAUACCCCCCAACAUUCUAAGUGUACAAAGAGGGACACUGUAACUUUAGGGGUGUGAGAGGGUGUGUGGCCAUGGGCGGGCCUGUUCUGAGACAUUUUAGGUGACUUACUAAUAGCAAUUUAUACAACGAACAAUGUAUCUUAUUUACACAGACUGAUUUCUAAACCCAUUUAUUGUAGCUGAAGACACUAUACUGGGAGUAUUAUUGCUGUGGAGCUCUGUUAUACACUCUGACACACCAACAAUAUGGAGCUCCUAGAAUAGUCGAACACACUUCGACUUCUGUCGAAGUAAAACAGGGUUAAAUUUACACGGUGGUCAUUAGUUGAGUGGCAGUCUAUUUUACAUGAAAAAGAUGACGAAUCUUCGAAUGGGACUUAGUCUCCAGCCACAGUGUCAAAGGGUAGGGGAAGGUAUGGGUCAGCGGUGUUCCUUCAAAUGUGUGGCUGAUUUCCGUUCCAGGGAUUUGACGGCACACACCACUGACCGCGUUCGACUGCAUUAAAUUGGCAGCCACUUCGGCUGUAUCCAAAGUGCCAUAUCAAACGUACCCAUUCUUUGCACAACACAGUUAAAGGGCCAGAAACUGUUUUUGUUCUUAGGUGCAGGGCAAUGUGGAUGAUGGCAGGAAAACAAAAGGUAGAGGUUCCCAGGCAACAUGGUAGGAGGCUGGUAUAACAUAUAUUACAGAUCCAACGCAAAACAGGGGGAUUUGUUACACUAUACACACACUGGCACAAUGAUACACACAUUGGCACAUACACACUGAUACACACAUUGGCACAUACACACAAAUACACAAACUGUGACACAUACACACCUUAACACACAGAUACACAAACUGGCACAGGUACACAGACACACACACACAUUUAUAUUUGCAGUCACCCUCCUUGCCUUUUUUUUUUUUUUUUUUUUAGGGGGGUGACUUCCUUCAGUGCUGCUGGCUGAGGCAGGUGUGCCAAAUUGGCAUCUGCCCUGUACCCGUUGCGCGCACUCUCUCCCUCCCUCCCUCUCCCUCCCUCCCCUGUCAUUUCCUCCCGGUAUCCCAUACUUCAAGGGACCUGGUCGCGGUCUUAGACGGCCACGGUGCCUGACCAGACCCAUGUUUAACGAUACCCAUCAAGUGGCCUGAAAUGCUUGGGCCACCCGAUGGGCGAUUGCUCUCUUCAGCGGAAUGCCUAUUGGGAAACGCUGGCCGAGGGACACCUCCAGUGGCAAUAACUCAGAUGACUAAUAGAUGUACUUCCUGGGUCAGUGCUGCACUGUUGUUUAGUGUCUCCACACUCUGCAUGGAAACGCUGAACAUUCCUCGAAGAGAUGCAUUAAUUCAAUGCAUUUCUACAGUUGUAAUCAAAAUUAUUUGACCAUCGUUGAAAAUCAGGUUUAUUGUCAAAAUGUACAGACUUUCAGCUGUUUGCAAUGAACAAUUCAAACAAAAGCAAUUGAAAUAGAUCAACACAAUGAAUGCUUCAUGUGGUUUCUCCAAAUUCAGUUGUGAAAUUUGUCACAAAAACCUGACUGUUGAAUUUCUGAUAUUUUGUAAAAGGUGUUUGAGAGAUAUUUAUUGUAUGUUGAGGCUUAAUAACCAUGUGCUACUGCUGUGUAUGGGGGAGACAUUGGCAGGUAAACACCGUGCAGUUACCCUGCAUCUCUGGUUUUGCCCCCCACUUCACUUGUUCAAUCUGUGUUUCUUUAUUGUACGUGUUUUCCUGGGGCUGUAAGAAUGCAGUGUUUAUAGUGGUUAGGCAUGACUGAGAACAGCCCUGAUGCAAUUCUUGGCAGGAAGUGGGAACCAGACAUUUAAUAAAGGCUGAAUGUGUGUUUGUGGGAGUUUUUCCAGUAACAAUCUAUUUGACCUUUCACUGGUAGAUAUAAUUACCUCUUCCGUGAUUCCUGUUUUUCUAGCUUUCACCUAUCAGUACAGUGAGAUUGUGAAAAGGUAAGCGCGUACUGGAUGAUCAUAUUACUGACUUGGUAUUCUAACAAUCCAGUUUUCCUUAUUUGACCUUCAGUAUCCUUCAUCAUAAUGCAAUGUGUAACCUGUUAAACCACUGACUUUGGCAGGAAGACAAACUCAAGCUGGGAAAUGCACUAACCUUUUAUUUCCCAGAGACCACUCUCACAGAGUUUUCUGAUCCAUAGGUUUUUAUUCAUAGUGAGAAAAAAACCUCGCUCCCAUGAAUAGAAGCCAUUCUGUUUUCUUAUUUAUAUAUGUAAUGAAUACCAUCCACUUUGUCCAUGUGAACACCACUAACACUGUCUCUUUAAGGGUUGAACGUGACCCUUUAUAACUUUUGUGUAUCAGAUUGUUGUAUGGACUACUGAAUGGAAUAUUAUUUUAUUUAUUUUUUAUGAAGAUUGUCAAAUUAGCUGUCCUUUUGCUCAACCCCCUUUGUAUAACUCAGGUGUUGACUGAACUCAGGCUGACUUUAGUCAUAGUCACACAGUACAGGACAUAGAAUUUGAUUAGCAUUAUCUUAUUGCCACUAGCAAAAUAAACUAUUGAUUUCCCAAAGUGCCUCUAUUUACACCACUAUCAUUUUAGAAACCAAAUGAGUUUUUAAAAAUAACCGUGCAUUUUAUAGCCCAAAUUUUAUUUUAUUUUUUUUAUAAAUUUUUUAUUUUGAAUUUUAGAUAGUGUACGUUUUCGGGGUGGGGGUACAGAAAGAAAGUAGGGGGAUAUUGUUCGUGGUACAGGCAUGCAUCACAUUCAGGUAUUGUACACAAUGUAUUGACUGUCCACGUGCAAGUGGAAGUUGUUCCGUAACAUCUUUAGCAUAUUUACAUGUCCAGUGUUCUUUUUCGCUCUCGUGACAGUUUGCAAUCCUGUUUCUUUUAGGGUUUGGGGUGGGGUACAGAGGUGAAAGAGAUGGGGGAAGGAGUGCCCUCUCGUAGCGGUCUGUUGCUUAUAUUUUGAGGUAUUUCUGUGGCUUGGUCCUGUCUUGUGGUCUGUAUGUCCUGUACCUCUUAGUUGUGGGUAUUGAGUUUUGGGAUAGCCCAAAUUUUUUAGAUGCAUUUAUAAUACUGUAAACAAGAACAGGUCUUCAAAUACCAGUUUGUGCUUAUAUCCAGAUGCCUAACCACCAGUUAUACUGUUUUGGACCUAUAUAUGUUGAGUGGGUUAUUAACAAAUCUGUGGAUAUUUACAGUCACAGGACAUUAGCUGGGUUUUUCUGUACCUGGCAGCUUUGAGUGGAUUACCCCGUAUCCUCUCACUGUGCACAGAGAGGGAAAAUGAGUGUAUUUCCAAAGAGUUCACAGGACAAUAAUGGCCUUUACUUCAUGCACCAAGAGAUGGCAACAACAGGUUUUGGGGACUGGUGAGGUGUCUGAUAGCCACUUACAUCCGUUUCCAUCAGGCAUACACACUGUAUAAAUGAAUCAGAUGUUUAGAUUUCUAGUGUACGCAUUUUGGUUUGUAGAAUCCCCUAGUUAUUUAGAACAUAACAUUUCUUGUUCCAAAUGUAUAUGUGCACAUAAUAUUUAUGUAUGGAGGAUGAAAAUAUGUAUGCAUAGCUUUUGUAGGUCCAUGUUCAAGGUUCUAUUUCGAUUGUUUAUUUUUGCAAAUGCCUUCUAGGCAUAGAGUCAGUGAUUUUCUUUUCCUCUCCUUGCAGCUGUUGCAACCCUUCUAUUUCUUGUUAUAAUUUCCUCUCCUUAUCCUGCUGUUAAACUGUUUAUUCAGAGAUGCAAUGUGCAAUUUUUAAACUAUAAUUUGCACAUUGUUCCCAUUAUUGGAAGUUGUUUGUUAAACUUUUUUUUUUUUUUGCUAAAGCCAUGGAGGGCCAGAGUUAGUUUGAACAGAUAAACAGUCUGCGAGUGUUAUGGUAAUAGUUUGCAUCUGGCAACACAAAAUGUUGACCUUUGUUUAACUAAGAAAAUUACAGUGAUGUUACAUUUCUGGGGUUUAAGGAUGAAUUGAUCAUUUCAUGUGUGCUCACUAGCUAACGGUUAGGCCAUUCCAUAAGCUCCUAAAAUGAAUUUCUUGUUUUCCGUCCAUUAUGAUUUUGAAUUGAUUGUGGUUUUGAUAAUUUUAUUCAAUUCACCCGCAAUUGGCCUUGACAUACACUUGUAGGUUUCUCUUAAAAAAACACUUUACGGUUCACUCAGUGAUAACAAGGUGUCUGCUUAGAAGCAUUGUUACAUAAUGUUUGAGUCAUACAUGUGGGUUUUUUGUGUUUAGUAUUACUGUCCCCUUCCACUUUGUGUUUCAUUUAAUCUCUCUCUACCCCCUCCCUUAAAUUCCAUUUCUCAUUAAGGCAUCACUGUCACACACAACCCACUCCCCUUUUUGCAAAAUGAGUAUCCAAAAGCGGGACGUCAAGGAGCAAAUCUGGACAGGACCUGAAAUCACAUGCUUGGUUAUAUACGAUGAGCUAGUUUCUGUCAUUCUAGUCAGUAUGCUUAUAGCAAUAGUUUGUCUCGCAUGUAUAUUUGCGACAAGUUCCAUCCAGUUAGCUUGAGAAUAAUAAACUGCAGGUCAGCUGCAAUACAGCCACAUGCAGAAAAUUCUAAUUCCAGAGUAUAGCAGUAUGUUGACACAGCUAGGAUUUGCUAAAAGGCUAAAAUGCCUAAAUCAUUUAGCGUGGGCGGUUGUGCUGUGGCCUGCAAUACUGAUCUGCCUUAUCCACAUCCACACAUGUUGCUCUAUUGCCUGUGUGCUCUGUGUGGAGGAGACAGGGUUACAAUGUAAGGUCGCAAUCCUUCUCUAAUGUUAAAACACAGUUCCUCAGCUGGACAUGUGAAGAGGAUGAAUAAGUCUGAUCUGCAUUAACAAGCCACAGCACAACUGCUCAGGUUGCCUGAUUUAUGUAUUGUAGCAAGUUGAUGACACACUGUCUGCCCACUGCAGUGCUAAUUACCCCCCCUACUGCCUGCCCCCACAACUCACUUGUUUCAUAGUUUGAAUGCAGUGCUAGACUAUUCGUUCCCAACAUGCUUUGGUAAACUCAUACCCUCUGAUGAGCUGCGUUGACGAAACGCUUGUGAAGUUUCUCUCUAAUACUUGUUCUAUCAUGACACGUCUGGGACCUGUAUCUACUAACAUUAGGAACACCAGUGGGCUGCCCUCAGAGGCACAGAGGGAAUAAUUUGAUUUAGUACCAGUUUUAGACCUACUCCCUAUUAAUAGAUCUUCUGGUGUUACCCAUGUUUAGCAUUUUCUUUUGCCGUUCAUCACAGUAUUCUUGCAACCACUUUACCAUUUAAGGCCACAAUAGAUGAUUAUUGCUAUACAUUUAUGUUACGAUCUUGGGCAGCAGUGUAUCUUUCUAGCCUUUCCCAUUACUGGUAAAUAACACGAUGUUUUAGUGUUGUACUGCCUGUUUUUAUUCACUUUGUACCCCUGAUGAUAAGUUAGCAAUCCUUCAUUUAGCCAUUAUACCCCCCCAAAAUACUCACCAAAUGUGAUUUAUUAUCAAAUGGUUUUUGCUGACAUUUGAGUACACUAGUUUUGUACCACUUGUACUUAACUGGAGUAACACUUUUUUAGACAGCCCACUGUAUGACAUUUACUUUUAAAAUGCACCAUUUAGGUAUCAGUUCACAAGUGUGAUUUCUAUGUAUGUUUGUAUGCACAGAUAUUUUUAUUAUUUUUUUUUUUUUUUUAAAAAGAAACACUUUAAAAGUGUUUUCAUGUAUAUUUGAAUAAUCCAUUGUUCCUCUCAUCUCCUUUCAUUAACUCUCACUGCAAUACUCUUUGGUUUUCUCUUUUGUGGCUAUAAAUUUGACAGGGGUCAUCCCCCAGUUUGGAAUGUUCUUUUCUUUUUUGAAUUUCAAAUUAAAGUCAAGUAUGUCUUCAAUUUGAUAGAUUAUUAGAUUAUUUAUUAGAUAUGAAAUCACUUUAGAUUCUUUACAAUGCACACUUUAAGGACUUACCCUGCUUGUAUGGGCCAUCCAGAUGUAAUGUAAUGUGAAGGAGCAUACGCAAGUACAGCAGGAAAAUGCUCUUUUAGACUGUAUGACCUUUACUUUCUCAAUGGAUAAUCGACAUAUCUAAAACCCUGUAGCCUGUAUCAAUAGAAGAAAUCUCUAUAUUGAAUCCAGCCUACUUGCAUACGUACACAUUUUACUAAGUGAACAGUGCCGUGCAGCUUCCUUCUGAAAUAGAUCUUUAUUUUGUCUAUAGACGUGCAAAUGAUAGGGGAAGACUUCAUUUCAGCCCGCAGACUAAGCGUCAACAAUCAAGGAAAAAAUGUGUUGAUGCAUUGGCCUUUUGUGUUUGUGUACUUAGUACUGCAUACUUCCGUAAACUGCAUGUCCCGUGAUUCUCAUACAGGUCGGGAGAAAACUACAAAUUUCUAGAAGCUGUGGCUACCGGUCUCGGAUGUUUGUAAAGUUUUGCAUGUUUAGUACACAUAAGAAGUGCACUGUUAUUCUAUAUUGAUGUUUAGUAACCUUGUAUGUGUUGAAUAGAGGGCAUUUGUUGCUGUCUGUCUGAUUACACCUCUGUACUUUAAAUAUUUGGCUUUUGUGUCCAUGAACCUUUUUAAUUGCAGAAUAGAAUUGCUUGAGCUAUAACCGCUAUUGUCUACUCUCAUAUUUUAAAUACUGUCUGAACUUGUGUUGAAGAGCAAUAUAUUGUUUCCACGCACAAUCUCACAUAAUGUGUAUAGCUAAAUUCGGUAUAUUCAUAUUGCAGCAAAUGGAAAGCUUAAGCUAUGUCCCUCGGGAUAUAGAUUGUUACAUAACACAUUGUUUUAUAAUUAUGUACAUUUUGUUUGCUACUGUCUCAAAAAGUCAGUUUGAAACAAUAUUCACAGCAGAUAAUUAUUUUCAUGUAACCAAACUAGAAUUACCACUUGUAGAUCUAAUAUAACAAUUUCCACACCCUGGUGAUAUUUGCUUAAAAAAAUAAUGUUUUGGAGAAUGUGAUGUCACUGCCAGUCAGAAUCUGAUUUGCUGAUUGUCUCCCGUCUUUCCACUGUGGAGGUUGUUUGAACUCUUAUUUGUUGUGUUCAAAAUUCCCAAGGGGGGGAAAACCCUGUUUUUAAACGCAUACCUGAUGGUGCAGAUAGGUCAGCAUCAAUGUAACCCAGUGUUACCUUGUACCACAACCCACCAGUCUUUGUCAGAUUUGUCCUAAGCUAAGUGAUCACCAAUUUUCUCUGUACUGGGAUAAAUGACUAACUUUCAGCUUUUAAAAAGAAAAAAAGCAGCAUUAAUAAAGCAGAUAUGUCACCUCACCAUUGAAUCUCAUAAUCUUCUUGAAAUAAAUUUGACCGUGUUGGAAUUUUGGAGUUUUAUUGCAAUUUAAACAAAGUCAGACGCUAUCCUAAGACAAAGUAGAGAUUACUUUCUCUUAUGGUAAAGUCUGAGGCUGGCAAAACAUUAGAAAUGGUGAGGCUUCUUCCUUCCAGUGUUUUCAGAUCAUUAGCAAAGAUGAUAGGAAUCAGGCUGCUUCUCGCAAGUUAGGCUUGCAGGGUCUUCUGUUUCUAUUAAUGCAGCUGCUAGUGGAUAAAAACACCUGGAACUGGAUAAAGAAGAUGGUGGCGCCCGUGGAGGGACCCCCACAAGCAAAUUCACUUCACCUUGGACCUCCACAUCCCAAGCAGAGAUAUCACCUCAGGGGAUCUUUGUGUAGAAAAUUACCUUUGAUAAAGUGUACUAAAUUAGACACAGUUUACAAAACAUUGAUUGUUUAGACAAAAACAAAUCCCUCCAGAAUAGCACCCAGUGCCAGCUAAUUUCACUAUGAAAAAUGUCACAAGGAAAUGUGUCACGCAAAAUCUGUAUUUAUGAUCUUGGCAAAGUGUUGUGUUUUGUGAGAGGAAUAAUUAGAGUUUAAAUUUAAGAUAUAUAUUAAAAUGUUAUUUUAAAUGUUGGUUAUAUACACCCCCACUUCCCCAUUGAUAGGGUAAGUGUCUAUAAGGGAGUGAGCCAAAACAAUGUUCAUUCCUCCUCUCCCUAAGUUAAAGGACAACUAUAGUGCCUUGAGGGUUCCCCCACCCUCAGGGUCCCACUCCUGCCGGGCUGGAUGGGAGUGGGACCCAGCGCUGGGCUCCCUCGGUGCUGGAGACUCUCCUCCUCCGAAGGUCGUCAUCGGCUGAAUGCGCAGGCGCGGCAAGAGCCGCGUGCACACUCAGGCAGUCCAUUGGAAAACAUUCUCAAUGCUUUCCUAUGGACACUGGCGUCUUCUCACUGUGAAAAUCACAGUGAGAAGCACGGAAGCCUUCUAGCGGCUGUCAACGAGACAGCCACUAGAGGCUGGAUUAACCCUAAUGUAAACAGCAGUUUCUCUAAAACUGCUAUGUUUACAGCAGAAAGGGUUAAUCCUAGGUGGACCUGGCACCCAGACCACUUCAUUAAGCUGAAGUGGUCUGGGUGCCUAUAGUGGUCCUUUAAUAUUGAUAUCAAGAUACAUUUCUUUCAUUUUAAUUGUGAUCCUGCAUUUAUACAAUAGGGUUUAAAAUCCUAAAUUGUGAUAGAAAAUGGUAGCGGACUAGAAAGGUAUGCCUUUUAAUAUGUACAGCAUAUAAGAGCUGCGGGCAUGCUGUAGAACAAAAUACACUGCUCAAAAAAAUAAAGGGAACACAAAAAUAACACAUCCCAGAUCUGAAUGAAUUAAAUAUUCUUCUGAAAUACUUUGUUCUUUACACAGUUGAAUGUGCUGACGACAAAAUCACACAAAAAUAAAAAAAAAUGGAAAUAAAAAUUUUCAACUCAUGGAGGUCUGGAUUUGGAGUCACACACAAAUUAAAGUGUAAAAACACACUACAGGCUGAUCCAACUUUGAUGUAAUGUCCUUAAAACAAGUUAAAAUUAGUCUCAGUAGUGUGUGUGUGGCCUCCAUGUGCCUGUAUGACCUCCUUACAAUGCCUGUGCAUGCUCCUGAUAAGGUGGCGGGUGGUCUCCUGAGGGAUCUCCUCCCAGACCUGGACUAAAGCAUCUGCCAACUCCUGGACAGUCUGUGGUGCAACGUGACGUUGGUGGAUGGAGCAAGACAUGAUGUGCUCAAUUGGUUUCAGGUCUGGGGAACGGACGGGCCAGUCCAUAGCAUCAAUGCCUUCGUCUUGCAGGAACUGCUGACACACUCCAGCCAUAUGAGGUCUAGCAUUGUCUUGCAUUAGGAGGAACCCUGUGCCAACCGCACCAGCAUAUGGUAUCACAAGGGGUCUGAAGAUCUCAUCUCGGUACCUAAUGGCAGUCAAGCUACCUCUGGCGAGCACAUGGAGGGUUGUGCGGCCCCCCAAAGAAAUGCCACUCCACUCCAUUACGGAACCACUGCCAAACCGGUCAUACUGGAGGAUGUUGCAGGCAGCAGAACGAUCUCCACGGCAUCUCCAGACUCUCACGUCUGUCACAUGUGCUCAAUGUGAACCUGCUUUCAUCUGUGAAGAGCACAGGGCGCCAGUGGUGAAUUUGCCAAUCUUGGUGUUCUCUGCACGGUGUUGGGCUGUGAGCACAAACCCCACCUGUGGAUGUCGGGCUCUCAUACCACCCUCAUGGAGUCUGUUUCUGACCGUUUGAGCAGACACAUGCACAUUUGUGGCCUGCUGGAGGUCAUUUUGCAGGGCUCUGGCAGUGCUCCUACUGUUCCUCCUUGCACAAAGACAGAGGUAACGGUCCUGCUGCUGGGUUGUUGCCCUCCUACGGCCUCCUCCACGUCUUCUGAUGUACUGGCCCUUUCUCAUGGUAGCGCCUCCAUGCUCUGGACACUACGCUGACAGACACAGCAAACCUUCUUGCCACAGCUCGCAUUGAUGUGCCAUCCUGGAUUAGCUGCACUACCUGAGCCACUUGUGUGGGUUGUAGACUCCAUCUCAUGCUACCACUAGAGUGAAAGCACCGCCAGCAUUCAAAAGUGACCAAAACAUCAGCCAGCAAGCAUAGGAACUGAGAAGUGGUCUGUGGUCACCACCUGCAGAACCACUCCUUUAUUGGGGGUAUCUUGCUAAUUGCCUAUAAUUUCCACCUGUUGUCUAUCCCAUUUGCACAACAGUAUGUGAAAUUGAUUGUCACUCAGUGUUGCUUCCUAAGUGGACAGUUUAAUUUCACAGAAGUGUGAUUGACUUGGAGUUACAUUGUGUUGUUUAUGUGAUCCCUUUAAUUUUUUGAGCAGUGUAUAUAGUUAUUUCACUCUUUAUAAAGCUCCAUCUUGGUCUACAGCAGUCUGAAGCAAGAGGGUAAGAGUGGGAUAACAGUGUUGAAACGACUCUGGAAUGCCUAGAAUACAAGUUUUUGCUAGGGCCUGGUAAAAUAUAUUCAGGCAUUUGCUCCACACCUUUUGUGCUCCACCUGUGCACAGCCCGGUGAAGUGACUUAGCACUAAAAAUCUUCCCCAAAUUACUGUUACGGCUGUUUAUACAUCAUCUCUUUCACAGCAUCCGCACAAUCCCAUAUACCUGUAUGAAGCAGUAAAUGAGUAUUUAGUGCCAUAACAGCCAUAUACUUCAGUUACUGUAAGGGUAUAUUGACAGUACACAUAGAUAAUAUGAUUAUUAAAGUGACCUGAAUGAAGUGCUGACAGAGGCCAGUGAUUGGGGACCGUUUCUCGACUGUGGGAUGGAAAGGCUCUAUAUUGUAAGUUGGAGCGGAUGUACUUAUUACAGAUAACCACUAAAGAAUGUUACAUUCCCCCUCCGAAGAUUAAGAACACAUGAGAUAUUUCACAUCUGGAGGCAGUCACCAAUAGACUGCAAUGUUGCCGCAUGUUAUAUUUCUACAGUCUGUAUAGUAAUGAUUUAUUUUAAAACAUGCCUAUCAGUUUGUCACUAGAGACCCUCAUACUGGCUCUCGCCCACACGGCUAAAAGUAGUGUAUUAGAAAUGCACAUAACUAAAAAAAUUCUGUAUACAAUAAUGUUCUCAUGUAAAAUGAUAAAUGCACUUUGUGUGUUUGGAGAGAGUUUAAUGUAUUUUCAGACAGCAUCGACCAGCUUGACAGGUUUAAUUAAAAAUGUUGUAAUACUGCAAAAACCAAACAUUUACCCUAUCUUAUAUGCCUAUAGGGAUUGCUUUUUGCACGACUAAAGGAAUAUGACUAUAUGAUCACAUUGGAUACAUUAAGAUUGUGUUAUGGUUUGUGUUUAGGUUUUAGAAUUUGCUUGUUUUGAAUUUUGAACAGUCAUUCUAUAGUCUGUCCUUUAUUCGUAUUCAUGUGUAAAUAUAUUGAUAGAUUUUAUUGAAAUAAUGUGUUCAGUUUUUGGAGAUUACCAAAAAAAAAAUUUCUAAUGUAAUGUAGACCCGUUUUAGUGUAUAUGCGGCAACAUUAGUCUAUUAAUUGCCAGGUGGGAAUCACAAUUUCAAUUCUGACUAAAUAUAUAUCAUUAUUUAUUAUUAUUACUGGCAUUUAUAACGCACCAACAAAUUCCGCAGCGCUGUACAAUUGGGAAAAAGACAAGCACAAUAAGAACAGGCCGAUACAACAGGUAGAAGGCCCUGCCCGUGAGCUUACACUCUAAAGGUUGAAAUGGGGGCACUGGUCCAGGGUCCGCCCACGCUUCUCUGACUGCACAUGUGCGGCCGCCGGCGGGGGAGACUAUGCAUUUGUGCAGCAAUGCCGCGCACGCGCAUUAGACCUCCCCGUAGGAAAGCAUUGAAAAUAGCAAAAGGACAUAGCAAACAUAGCAAAAGGACGUCCAUCGACAUUAUAGAAAACAGAAAACCUGUGCUAUGAACCAGGAAGUGCCCUCUAGUGACUGUUUACCAGACAGCCACUAGAGGAGGAGUUAACCCUGCCAGGUAAUUAUUGCAGUUUAUAAAAACUGCAAUAAUUACACUUGCAGGGUUAAGGGUAGUGGGAGUUGGCACCCAGACCACUCCAAUGUGCAGAAGUGGCCUGGGUGCCUGGAGUGUCCGUUUAAUGGUAUAACUGCAGCAGCUGAUAGAAUGUGAAGGUGAUAGCAGGAGGUGCAUGCUAUAUAGUAAGAAGGAACCAGGGUGGGCGGGUAGAGCAGAGUAAAAUUAGAUGGCCUUCAUUUUGCAGGGAUGGAUGGUUUGGGUCUUUUAAAGCUGCUGUGUUCAAAAUUAAAUGACAUAUAUAUACAUAUACACACACACACAGUUUAAAGAAAAAGUAUGUGAACCCUUUGGAAUGAUAUGGAUUUCUGCACAAAUUGGUCAUAAAAUGUGAUCUGAUCAUCAUCUAAGUCACAACAAUAGACAAUCACAGUCUGCUUAAACUAAUAACACACACAGAAUGAAAUGUUGCCAUGUUUUUAUUGAACACACCAUGUAAACAUUCACAGUGCAGGUGGAAAAAGUAUGUGAACCCUUGGAUUUAAUAACGGGUUGAAUCUCCUUUGGCAGCAAUAACUUCAACCAAACGUUUCCUGUAGUUGCAGAUCAGACGUGCACAACGGUCAGGAGUAAUUCUUGACCAUUCCUCUUUACAGAACUGUUUCAGUUCAGUAAUAUUCUUGGGAUGUCUGGUGUGAAUCGCUUUCUUGAGGUCAUGCCACAGCAUCUCAAUCGGGUUGAGGUCAGGACUCUGACUGGGCCACUUCAGAAGGCGUAUUUUCUUCUGUUUAAGCCAUUCUGUUGUUGAUUUACUUCUAUGCUUUGGGUCAUUGUCCUGUUGCAACAUCCAUCUUCUGUUGAGCUUCAGCUGGUAGACAGAUGGCCUUAAGUUCUUCUGCAAAAUGUCUUGAUAAACUUGGGAAUUCAUUUUUCCUUCGAUGAUAGCAAUCCGUCCAGGCCCUCAUGCAGCAAAGCAGCCCCAAACCAUGAUGCCCCCGCCACCAUACUUCACAGUUGGGAUGAGGUUUUGAUGUUGGUGUGCUGUGCUUUUUUUUCGCCACACAUAGUAUUGUGUGUUUCUUCCAAACAACUCAACUUUGGUUUCAUCUGUCCACGGAAUAUUUUGCCAGUACUGCUGUGGAACAUCCAGGUGCUCUUGUGCAAACUGUAAACGUGCAGCAAUGUUUUGUUUGGACAGCCAUGGCUUCCUCUGUGGUAUCCUCCCAUGAAAUCCAUUCUUGUUUAGUGUUUUACGUAUUGUAGAUUCGCUAACAGGGAUGUUAGCAUUUGCCAGUGACUUUUGUAAGUCUUUAGCUGACACUCUAGGAUUCUUCUUCACCUCAUUGAGCAGUCUGCGCUGUGCUCUUGCAGUCAUCUUUACAGGACGGCCACUCCUAGGGAGAGUAGCAGCAGUGCUGAACUUUUUAUAGACAAUUUGUCUUACCGUGGACUGAUGAAUAGCAAGGCUUUUGGAGAUACUUUUAUAACCCUUUCCAGCUUUAUGCAAGUCAACAAUUCUUAAUCAUAGGUCUUCUGAGAGCUCUUUUGUGCGAGGCAUCAUUCACAUCAGGCAAUGCUUCUUGUGAAAAGCAAACCCAGAACUGGUGUGUGUUUUUUAUAGGGCAGGGCAGCUGUAACCAACACCUCCAAUCUCAUCUCAUUGAUUGGACUCCAGUUGGCUGACAUCUCACUCCAAUUAGCUCUUGGAGAUGUCAUUAGUCUAGGGGUUCACAUACUUUUUCCACCUGCACUGUGAAUGUUUACAUGGUGUGUUCAAUAAAAAUAUAGCAACAUUUAAUUCUUUGCGUGUUAUUAGUUUAAGCAGACUGUGAUUGUCUAUUGUUGUGACUUAGAUGAUGAUCAGAUCACAUUUUAUGACCAAUUUGUGCAGAAAUCCAUAUCAUUCCAAAGGGUUCACAUACUUUUUCUUGCAACUGUAUAUAUAGAGAGAGAUAGAGAUAUAUAGAUAUAGAUAUAUCACAUACGCCCUCUUGCUUUCUGCCCAUCAUUAGAGGUUAUGUGUAAAGAGCAAUCUGCAGGUUUCCAUAGUGACUAAUCCACGAUAACAACUUCGUCCCAGAAUUACUCUUAAUACAUAGCCCCCAAUGUGUCCGAGAUUGGGGGGCACUGUCUGGCAUAAGGUAACAGAUAAUGCCUGGUAUUCUUGGUGGAGGCAGUGAGUCAAGUUGGCGGGCAUUAUACUGGAGUUAAUCUGGCAUUCAGAGACCUUACUUUGUCCCCAGUAUUUUUUCAAUUAAAUACAUGUUGCAGUUUUGUUUUUUUAUAAAGAUCCAUGUUUUGUGGUUUGCUGUUGCAUCCCUUUUAUGAGUACAGUAUGUAAUGUUACAUUAAUGGAGCCCCACCUGCUUUCUUACUGUGAGAUUUUUAUUUUUUUGCUGUUAAUUGUAUCCUGUUAUGACAACAGUAAAUGGUUUUGAUACUUUAAUUGUGCCACCUGUUCAACGCAAAUUCCUUCCGAAUGUGAAGCAUGGGAAACUGAUCAAAAACAAUGGCUAACAAUGAAAAUACACUAUAAUCAUUUAAUAUUUAUUAAACACCAAGCAUGUCAAACUCAGUCUAGCAAGGGCCAAAUAAACAAGGUCUAAGUUUGUGGGCCGCAAAAAAUAAAAUAAAAAAAACCUUAAAAUUUCAUAGAAACGUAGGUUUAUUUUGAAAAGUACGGUAUUAAAAAAAACAGCAUCCACCUCUACUAAACCACAUCACCCCCCAUAUACUAAAUCCCAGCACCCCCCUCUAGCCAACAAGCAGACUCCCCUUACAUUGCUGCUGCCAGGAUGUGACUCCGGAACCCGGCCUCUGGUAUAUCCCAAAUGGCGCCGUCCGCACGCUGUGCUGAAGCAGAUCCUCCUUUUUGAACCAUGUGAAGGUGGAGCAAGUCAACGUCAUGCACCUCCAGGUCCUCAACUGUCCAGCCGUGGCCAUUGCAACACUGACCCACACACUCAAAGAGACACACGUACUGACAGACACACGCUCACUGACACACUCACUCACAGACAGACACACUCUCACAUUAUUGUAAUUAUUCUUGGGGUCCAGUGGGGAUCUUCUGUCCUGCUCCUCACUGCUCCCUCGCGCGCAGUUUAGUGAUGCCGGCACCAGAAUAUGACCUCAUAUUCCAGCAUCACUACAGACAGCGUGCACGAGGGAGCAGUGAGGAGCAGGAAGACUGAUGCUCCCUCACUGCAUCCACUGUCCCCUCCUCACCGGCCGGGUAAAUUAUAGCAGAGUAGGCACCCGCAAGGUGGGGAAGGCAGGUGCCUACUCUGCUUGGAACACUAGGCAAUUAGGCAUGUACUCGCGGCUCACCGGUCCUCAAAGCUGUCCAUUGUGGGCCGCGAGUUUGACACGCUUGUUACGCACCAUUCCUACAUAAAGCCAGCUCUCCUUUCCCCUGCCCAUCCCCCCAUUAAAUGACACCUUGACACGGUUAGCCAUCACUUAGUAAAAUGUUUUUUGCCCCACUCUUAUAUUUGAUAUUUGUGUGAAUGGAUUUCAAAGUAAAAUAACUUGAGCAAUUAUUUAUUUAUUUAUUGUAACUUGUGUUAAUGUCUUUCAAUUCUUUUUCCUAGGUUGUGCGCACAGAAAAGAACAGUUUAAAUAAUCGUUUCUUACCCUGGGAUGAGAUUGAAACAGAAGCUGUCCUCUCCAUUGAUGAUGAUGCCCAUCUGCGUCAUGAUGAAAUUAUGUUUGGUUUUCGGUGAGUAUUGACAUUAACAGAAGAAAUACCAUUGUCUUCUGGGCAAUUUUUUUUUUUUUUUUUAAAUAGACAUACCUGUCACCUAAUAUACCUCUGCACUGAUCAAUAAUGAGUGAAAGCUGUAUGUGUAUUGUUUUUUUCCACUUUGCUUUCUAUGGCCAUGAACAUGCCUUGUAUUUUAAGAACACCAGAACACCAUAGUGUCAGGGAUAACCAAUAUGUAUUCCUGACACCAUAGCGUUUUAGGCCCCAAGCCCACUUGCCUGUGCAGAGAAAAGGUGAGUUAAGUCCACCUAAGGUAUCCAACCUUCUAACUCUUGGGCUCCCCAUGACAUUCAGAACACAAAGGGCCUGAUAACAGUUGUGACCCCUGUAGUUCCGCCACUACACGUUAAGUCACAUGCAUUGGUGCAAGCAGUGUUUAACAGGCUGACAAACACAGUUGUUCCAGGCAGAAUUCCUAGUUGCCAUGGCAAGGGAGUAGAGCAGGGAGAUGAUAGCCUCCACGCUCAGUUAGCCCACCGCCAGCAUGCUUCCCUCAGCUCUCCAUGAGCCCGGCCGCCCACCAGCAUGAUUCCCUCAGCUCUGCAUGAGCCCGGCCGCCCACCAGCAUGAUUCCCUCAGCUCUGCAUGAGCCCGGCCGCCCACUAGCAUGAUUCCCUCAGCUCUCCAUGACCGAGCCAACCACCUGUCUCCCUCCCUCAGCUCUUCAUGAACCCGGCCGGGCACCAGUAUGAUUUCCUCAGCUCUCCAUGAGCCAGCUGCCUGCCUGUCUCCCUCUCUCAGCUCCCCAUGAGCCAGCCGCCCGUCUGUCUCCCUCCCUCAGCUUUAUAUGAGCCAGCCGGCCGCCUCUGCUCUUACUAUAUAGCAUGCUCUUAGGCAGCCGGGCAGGGCAGCUCAGGGGUUGAAUGGACUCACAAAUCCCAGGCGCCAGGUCAAAUUUCCUGGACGCCAUGGUGACUUGGAGUCUGGAAUUUAUCGAGCCCUGUGUUAAUCCAUUUCAUUUGCCUGGUUUUCGCUGGUGAUCUAAGCAAUUUUUUGAUAUAUGCGUUCACCCACAAUAUCCAUCUUUUUCAUUUAUUGCACCAGCACAUAUUAUAUACCAUUUUUAAAGGACAAAGGGUUCUUUAAUUUGAUGUGACACAUACAUAUAUAAAAUAUUAUUUAUUAUAAAAAAAUACAAAGCAAGAAGGCAAAAAAAUUUGGCAACACUAAUGUGUGCAUAACUAGUGCUGCUUAUGAAAAAUAAUUCAAAAUAACUAAAUUUCCGAUUUGCAGAGUACAUUAUAUGUUGAGGAUUUCAGUUUAUUUUUGGUAGCUACUGGUAACAAAAUACAAUUCCAAUGUGAAGCGAUUUUAUAAAAAAGUGUUCUUAAGCUAGACAUGGAGACUUUCUAUGUCUUCUUCCUGUUCCUAAAUGUUAUAUUUUAUUAUUGAUUAAAAACCUUGAUGUGUCAUCUACUGAUCUGAUGCCCAUGCAUUGUACAAAGCGGUUCCCAUAUGUCAAAUGCUGCAAGAGAUACGUGUUCCUUUUCGUACUAUGACAAUUUCCUUUUGCUCAUUAUGUAUUGGGUUGUCUUAUUGUACAUAAUUUGUUUGUGGAUGACCGUCUUGGCAUAAAGAAAGAAAGAAUACAACCGUAUAUAUUUAUAUAAAAGACAUCUCAAGCUAUUUAUUGAUAUUUUUUUUACAUUUGUUUACGUAGCGUAGCCAUUUAACAGCCAAUCUCUGCUAAAUAUUGUAGUAAAAUAGUUUUUUUCUGAUUUGUAACAUGCACACAUGCAACAAAGUUGCAAAACUAAAAUUGUGUUCCGCUACAUAUUCUGAGUACAGCGAUAGCCCCAAUACCAUACACACUACCAUGGGGGAAACUACAGUGUCAUAUAAGAGACAUGACCAUUUCAGUUUUUACAGUUAGAAUUUUGAUUAUUGGAUACGAUGGACCCAUGUCUCAUUUUGGGGUAUGGAAAGUUCAAAUUACCAUGUAAAUGCGUAUCAUUUGUGAAAGACGCUCCAGAGUAUCUCAUGUGGUGUAUAUUGUGCCUUAAUGUUCCACCAUUUCUUCACCGGUUAAUCUCAAUUUGUAGAAAUAUAUUUAUUUUUGCUAGGUAUUUUGUAAAUCUAAUGUGUCACUGUGGUUAAACUUCCCAAAUUAUGCUUCUCUCCAUCUUCUGAGUACAAUAUCCCUCAAUGUGUGCCGUAGACACAAUCUUGUGAAGUUACGGAGUCAUAAGAGACCACAUCAUUUCAGCUUUUUAGGAGUUCGAUGGCUCUUUGUUUCAGUUUGGGGCCCUGUAGCAGUUUGAUUGUUGAAAUUACCCCAUAAAGGGCCUACCUUUUCUUUCUUUCUUUUUUCCAGUUUGUCAAAGUUUUCAAAAGUUUAUUUAUUUUUUUAAAGCAUGUUGGUUUUGUAAAUCUAAUAUAUUCCACUGUGAUAAAAAAAAUAUAUAUGCUCAGCUACAUCUUCUGAAUGCAACAAUACCCCCAAUGUCUGCAUUUGUCACUGUGUUGUGCUUUUACAGUGCAAUCCAUAUGAGACGUGGUAAUUUCAGUUUAAGAGGUUUUCAUAUAUGGAUUUAAUGGAGCUAUGUCUCAUUUUGAAAUUUUAGCAGGUUCCUUGUUCAACCUAUCCCACAAAGGCUUACCAUAUCUUAAUUUAAUGUAUUUAUUAAAGACUUUCUGUUUGGAUAAAUUAUUCACUUUAUGGAUGCCACUUUCAUUAGUCACUUUUAUUUAAAGGAACACUAUAGGGUCAGGAAUGCAAACAUGUUUUCCUGACCCUAUAGUGUUAAAACCACCAUCUAGCCCCCCCUGGGUGCCUAAUGCCUUCAUAAAUAUAUCCAAAUCUUACUUGUAUUCAAGCCUGAAGCUGUAGCUGUGCAUGCUGUUUGCCUCAGAAAAACAAGCUGUCUGCUGACAUCAUCAGAAGUGGUAGCCUGAUCCAAACACAAUGCUUCCCCAUAGGAUUGGCUGAGACUGACAAGGAGGCAGAUCAGGGGCAGAGCCAGCAUGAUUCAAACACAGCCCUGGCCAAUCAGCAUCUCCUCAUAGAGAUGAAUUGAAUCAAUGAAUCUCUAUGAGGAAAGUUCAGUGUCUGCAUGCAGAGGGAGGAGACACUGAAUGUUUGGAUGCAUUUUAGGCAGCCAUGACCCAGGCAGGAUCUCUAACAGUCAUCUGAGGAGUGGCCAGUGAAGUUAUCAUUAGGUUGUAAUGUAAACACUGCAUUUUCCCUGAAAAGACGGUGUUUACACCAAAAAGCCAUGAUUCUACUCACCAGAACAAAUUCAAUAAGCUGUAGUUGUUCUGGUGACUAUAGUGUCCCUUUAAUGUUCUCUUGUGGAUCCAAAGAUAAAUUGUGCUCAUUUAAAAACCUCUGAAAUAAAGUAACUGCUUAGUAAUCUAUAUACCAUACACUCAUAGUUAUCCUUGUAAAGCUGCACCGAUUAUAUUGGUGUCAGAGUAAAUACCAGAAUUUAUCAUUGUAAAAGCUUGAAAUUUUGAACUAUUUGUCGACUUUAAGUGAAGCCAUCUUGCUCCCUCUGCUGGGUACCAUUAGAAAUGUGCCUUGUUUAAUUUUAGGGAAACAGAUUUUACAUUAUCACUAAAUGAAAUGAAGUAUUUUCUGUCCAUAUAUCUGCGUUUCUCUGAUUCAUCCUCUGUAAGGAACCGUGUCUGUUCUUUGCGAUUAAAUUGCUCUGACCAUGCAGUGUAGGAAACGAAAACAGGACCGCUUAUUGUGAAACUCCUCCUGUGCCAGAGCCCCAGGCUGUGUUUUUCUAUAAAAUAAAAAGUGGUUAUUGUUUAGCUGCAAAGGAACACUGUUGUUGAUCAUUAUAAUAACACUCUCGCGACUGCAGGGCAGAAAAUGUACUUAUACACCCUGGGACCGUGACUGGCAACCUCCCUUUGGAUAGGAGUGUGUGUGUGUAUCUAUGUGUAUAUAUGUAUAUAUAUUUUUGUUCUGUUUUUUCAUUAGAAGUGUGGUGCUGCAUUCCAUGUGUAUGAUGAACAAGCGUUGCAGUCAAGCUGGUUUGGUGAAGAUGAAUUGCAGGCCAGAAGGGUUUUUUAUAUAUUAUUUGUUUUGUGCUUAUUUAUAUAGCUCUAGUAUAUUCCACAGUGCUGCAUCUCUUAAUCUGACAUAUGUGAGCAAUAGAGGGACUGUGCACCAGCAUGUGUGCAAUUCACUAGAUAAAUAGAUUGUGUGCAAGAACAUGCUACUUGAGCACGUUUUGUAGAAUUUGGAUGGUUUGACUAGUCAGAUUGCCCAUGUUUGUCAUAUUGAUAUAUAAUUCCUAAAAAGGAAAAAAGCUGCAUAUCUCACAAUCUUUGAAUAAUUACAUAAUUUUAAACUUUUAAAUUGACCCAGUUAUGAAAAAAUGAAUACAUUUAGUCUGUGAAGUGUUUGUCAUUGUUAAUAGCCUUUGCACAAUAAUAUAUCAAAUCAUGUUUAUUUUUAAAUAGGUUGAUCAGUUUUCCAACUAAUUUUGGUUUCCUUGGGAUGUCAUCAGAAAGUUUACAGAACCAUUACCUAUUCCUUGCGCAGUAUAGCUGGUAGUUGUCUUGCAAAUCACACGAUUUGCUGCUGAUACUUGUAACCUUGUUUUUGUUGUUUUUUUAAUAGUUUGUUUAUUUUUAAUCGUAAUUGUUGCAGAGGGUUUGAAAAUUGUGGUACACUUUCAAGAUGGCUGUCUCUGCAUUGAUAUGAAUAUCAGCAAAUGCUUUUUCCCGGACCUGCCCAUUAUGAGAGAAAGUGCACUGUGAGCACCUGUUUAACUGGGCUUGCUAAUAGUUGAAUUCCAGGGAUUUUAAAGGAACACUAUAGUAUGUUAAAGGAACUAUAAGGAUGUGGAAUUAUCUGCCUGAAGAGGUGGUUUUAUCAGAGUCCAUAUAGAUGUUUAACCCCUUUCCGUCAUUUACCAAAGUACGGUCACAGGGGUUAACGCACCCGGUCGUGCUCUCCCUGCAGCUAUGAAAGCUCUUACAGGCUGUUAGAGCGAGCACAUGUGCUGCAGGGACUUCUGAUCCACCUCCCUGUGCUUCUGCGUUCUGUGUGAAGUGCAGGGAGAUGGAUUAGCAGUGAUCUUCUCCCUGCAAAAAAAUCCAAUAAAGUAACCGUUAAAUCCCACUCCCCUUUCCCCUGCUUUAAUAAAAUUAGCCCCCUGUCUACCAAUUGAUCACUGACUGCAGUGAUCAAUCGGCAGGGACUACAUUUUACUGUCAUCUGAUUUGGUUAUUUAUUUUUAAACCCUGAGGGUUAAUUUUAUUUAUUUUUUUUAACCCUCAGGGGUUCAAUUUAUUUCAAUAAUCAAUUUCAGUAUUUUAAAAUUAUAUAUUUUGCUAGCUCGGGUGGGUGGGAAAUUGAAAUUGGAAUUUACGGUUAGUGCUGCUUACUGCUAGUUAGGGGUUAAUGGUAAAAUAUUUUUUGUAAAAAUGUGAGCAACAUAUGAAGUAUUAUACAGUCGUAGCACACAUAAGGUUUGCAAAUUAUACUGUGCAAACCCACUUUUUGUGUCAAAAAGACAGAAAAAUGCUUAUUACCACUACACUUAGUACAAGCUAACGAAAAAAUGAUCCCACAGUAAGGUUCAAAAUAUGCCUUUUAAAAUACCCUGGGAUGUCUUCUUUAAGAAAUGGUAUGCCUUUAUGGUGUAGUUGGAAUAUGUAGCCUGCUCAAGUGAAAAUUCAUACUUAAAAACCUGAACUUGUCACGUCUCUUUUACAGCACUGUAACUUCACAAAAUAGUGUCUAGGUCAGGCAAAGGCAACCUUCGGCACUCCAGAUGUUUUGAACUUCACCUGCCAUGAUGCUUUGCCAGCAUUAUGGGUGUAAGAGCAUUAUGGGAGAUGUAGUCCACAACAUCUGGAGUGCUGAAGGUUGCCUAUCCCUGGUCGAGUUCAUACAUUGGGUAUAUUGUUUUACUCAGAAGAUGUAACUGAGCAUAAUUUGGGUGGUUUUAUGACAGUGGUACAUAAGUGUAAGAAAUACUCUGCAAAAAUGCAACAUAUAUAACAUGCUAUUUUUUUCCCCCCUUCACCACAAACAUUGACAUAAAUUGGUGACAAGUUAAGACAUAAUAUACACCAUAUAAGAUACACUGGGGUGUCUUCUUUAUCAAAUGAAAGCCCUUUGUGGGGUUAUUUGAACAGUCACAUUUCUAUAAUACCCUAAAAUGAGACAUAGGCCCGUCAAAUCCAUCUACAAAAAUUCUAACUAUAGAAACUGAAAUAGCCUUGCCUCUUAUGUCGUCGUAGCUUCAUAGAAUAGUGCCAAAGGCAUACAAUGGGGGUAUCGUUAUACUAAGCAGAUGUAGCUGAACACAAUAUGGGGUUCUGCGCAGGAAUAGCACACUCCAGCUUUACGAAAUACACAUUACAAAAACCUAGUUAUAUGUGUAUAUGCCAAAAUAGAGAAAAAACACAAUAUUUAGCAGAGAUUGGCGAUGAAAUGGCUAUGUAAAAAGUGUCAAACUAACCUUAGGUAAAUAGCCUGUGAUGUCUACUUUAAAUAAAUAUCUACUUUUGUGCAGCAAUUUUGUUUUCUGUGAUGGCUACUAAAUCUACAAGACAAACAUACCAACUUCUAAAAUUGUUUCACACUAACAUUUUAUUUUAGUCCUUGUAUUUUGUGACCUGUAACUUUCAAAAUAAGCUGAAAUCCUAUAUAUAUAUAAUGUAAGACACAUAAAUUAAUUUAUUUUGAAUUACUUUUUCUAAGAUGGUUAUAUAAUGCACACGCUAUUAUUGCCAAAACUGUGGGAAAAAGUUUUUUUCCCCCAUUUUUUUAAAAUUAAUGAGAAUUUAUCUAUGUAUAUGUGACAUAAAAUUAAACCCUGUUCGCCCUCUAAAAACAGUAUAUAGUAUGUGUUGGUGCAAUAAAUUACAGAGCUGCAAAUUGCAUUUGAACACAAACAACAAAAAUGGCUUGUGUCCUUAAGGGGUAAGACAAGCUUUUGAAGCUGUCUCCUUAAGGGGUUAUACAGCAAUUGAUAAAUACUUGCAAAACAUAACAUACAGGGAUAUAAUUUCUAAUUAGUAAGGUAAUAGCUGCUUCAUCCAAGGAGAUAUCUGACUGCUAAUUUGAGGUCAAGAAGGAAUUGCAAUGCUGCUGCCAAUUCCAUGUGUUCCCUAUUAAGGGUUAAUAAGCAUGUAGGGAUGUAUAUAAAAAAUACCCCUUUCUGUCUCAUUAGAGAUAUUUUUGCCAGAAGCUCAAGGAAGCAAGGCGAAUGGUUAGAGUUAAGACUCACCUAAGAGGUCUGCUUUGAUGUGGCAGGUGGGCAUACCCUCUCAUAGCCAUUGGAGGUAACUAAAAACAUCCAUUUCUUUAAAAAUACAUAGGGAUGUGGAAAGAGCGCAGGUAACUUUUUUCUUUGAUUUUUACUAUAUGUAUUUUGGCUGAGGUGUACUAUAGUCAUUGCUGCUGCCCAGGAGUAAUGGGAGUUUGAGCGCAGGACUAGUUUCUUAGAAUUUGUAUUCACUUUUGUAUCACACAGCUAGUUUGCAAUGCUGCUGCCCAUCCUAUGUGUUCCCUAUUAAGGGUUAAUAAGCAUGUAGGGAUGUAUAUAAAAAAUACCCCUUCCUGUCUCAUUUAUUUUUGUAAUUCUGUCUUGCAGGUAUGUUUUAGUAAUUAUGUUUCCCCUCUAAGACCAAGUAAUACCCAUUUUCAGGGCCAUAGUCGCUUAGAUCUCUGGGUGUACUGAUUUUUGAUACUCGUAAUAAACACACAGAGCAGUCUACACUCCGGAGGCGCAGACACUGGCAGCAUAGGUUGGAAUUCUUCCAUUAGCUGUCCUUGCCAUUACAUGUGAGUGCCAGGAUGCUUCAUUUUGUUAAGACUUGCUUCCUUGGCCAGAUAUGUGCUGCAGCAGUAUUGUACAUGACUAGCGAGGGAGGAAUUUUGUAGUCUGCAUACUUCCCAAACCACACUCUGUACAAUUUAUCAAGAAUGGAUGUUUUCAGGUGGAAUGUCUCAAGUACAUAUUUUCUGUGCAGUAAAUUAAUGACAUGUUUUGAGCAAUCAUGACUUGCCCUUGCUGGUGCAAACAUCAAACCUUGAGAUGACACUCUGCCCAGAUCACGGACUAUACAUGCAUUCAUUUCUAAUAACCCCUCCUUAGGAGGGACAGUCCCUAUUUUUGCCCAAAUGUAUGGAGUGUGGGUCCCUGACCCAACCAUCUGCAACAAGUCAAUUUGAGCACCAUGAGUUAUGUGUACUCCUUGCUCCAUUACCAUGUUCGACUGCGAUAUCCCAAGUACCCAUUAUCUCUCUGAAUGUGAUAAAAAUGUAUUUCUCACAUUCUAAGGCAUUUGGUUUGUUCCAUGCGGACAGAUUUUGUUUAUUUGUCUGUAAUUAACAGCCAUGACCUUGACCGUUUGUGCAGAACUUAGCCUGUGGCAUUUCUCAUGCCAGCAGUCUGACACUUUUUUUGGGAUGGGCAGCUGUGGGAGGAGGUGUAAGAUUUAUAUGUAACGCAGGAACAAUAUAAUCUAAACCUUUGACACAUUAUAUCUGUUUCAUUACAUUGUGAUAAACAUAAGAACCCCCUGCAUAAUGAAAUCCAAGUUCCAACAUGGGGUGUUAAUUGUUUGUAAGGUAGACUGCAGGAGGUAUUGUGUGAAUUUCAUUUUAUUUCCAAGCAAUCUAAUCUGGCUCCCUCGUGUACCGCUGCUUUAUUAUAAUUAUGCAGUGUUAGCUAAUAGCCUGCUAAUAAAUUCAUGACUUGAAUUUCUCAUCUCCAUCAAAUAACUUUGUAAUGAUAUUCUAAAUUGAACUUCGGCAGUUAAUUUAAAUAACGAGGUUUGGUGCGGUCCUCUUCUCCUUCAGCCUCAAAGAUCUUUCAGACGCAUUACAUCAUCGCUUGUCAUAAAAUUAGAACAGUGCGCCAAGUUUAUUGCAUUUACCUGAAAAGUGCUGCGUUAGGAAGGUUUGGCAAUUUGAUGACUUGUGGAUGUGCAGUCAAAUGACUCGUGUUGGGCAUUGCUUUUAAAAAUAUUUUUUUUAAAAUACACUAUUUCUGGAGGAGAUAGGAUUGUGCAUGAUGUCUCUACUUCUCCAUCAAUGGAUUUAUAUACUUUGAAAUUUCCUGAUAAUCUCGCUAACACAAUGCUAUCCGAAGCAGGCAGAGCCCUCCCAGACUUGGAAGAUCAGGAGUCUCUCACUGUGGUCCAUUGCUAGGUCCUCUGACAAGAUUGUUUAAAGAAAGUAGAUCUCAAAAUCAAUAUGACUGACACAAGUCAGUAGCCUUUACGGCGCCCUACAAUUGCAUACAUUUGCAUUCAUUUAACUACUGUAUAAUGCACUUUUUAUACAAACGAUAGCUGCAGCAUCUGUGCAUGUGCUUUGUCAUGUUCACCUAGAUCAUGUGGUCUGGUACCCCUUCUCACCCCCCCAAUAAUGGACUAAUAUUAACACUUUCACUUUGCUGUAUAAAAUGUUUGCUACUCACCUCUCCACCUGCAAUAUCGGCUCAUGUUCUUUUUUCAGACCACCAACAUUGUUGCUUGCAGCUAUAUUUGGGAAAUGUUCCAAUUAGAAGUCAAAGUGAGCAUGGAGACCAGGAACAUGGCAGACUGUGCUCUCUAACUUGUACAUUGAACAUAGGUUGUUCUUUAACUUUUUCCAGGAAUCACAGGUUUUUAAACUGAGCAGUUAGUGUGAAAAAAGUUUGUUCCAUAGUGACAAGAAGUGAAUUCUUCCACGAUGUCCUGCACUCAAGUCACGUUUUCUUGCUAAUAGAGUGCAGUGGUAUGCAUGCUUUAUAAACUGCAGGAGGAAAUGGUUACUAAAUCAGCUUGUUUAGAAUUUAAAAUGUAUUUUAUUUGGAAGCAUGUGAAUUAUAUUUCAUUUAGGGCAGCACUUUGAGUGAGGCUGUUAGCAUUUAGAAGUGGUAUGUGUCCAGUUAAUCAUAGUUAAUCUGGCAACUUUCCUUUAUGCUGAAGGAUAGCUUUAACUUUGUUCUGAUCCUCUGUAGACUAUCCGUAUUGUAAGCCCGGGGUUUAAAUGUCUAUUUCUCUUCUUGUAGUGUCUGGCGGGAGGCAAGGGAUCGAAUAGUUGGAUUUCCAGGCCGAUACCACGCAUGGGACAUCCCUCACCAGUCCUGGCUCUACAACUCCAACUACUCGUGUGAAUUGUCCAUGGUACUAACAGGUGCUGCCUUCUUUCACAAGGUGAGACUUAUCUACCAGCUGUAAUCUAUAUAUAUCUUCUGCAUUUAUUUAGAAUUAUCAAUCAGAAUGCUAAUUAAAAGAUUACAUGGUAAUCAACAGUCUGGGUAAACUCUAUUAGUUAAAAGAAAAAUCCUUAACGUGACUAACUAUAAAUCUCACUGGUUCUCUUUCAGUACUACGCUUACUUAUAUUCGUACGUAAUGCCACAAGCUAUUCGUGAUAUGGUGGACGAAUACAUCAAUUGUGAAGACAUCGCCAUGAACUUCCUGGUAUCUCAUAUCACCAGAAAGCCUCCCAUUAAGGUACUUUAAACCCACACAUUGAAAGAGUUGCACUCUGAGAUCAAAUCUCUAUCUUACUGCAGGGUACUAGUAUUGCACAGGGAGCUUUAAUAUCCACUUAUUGCAGGAUAUCUUUUUGCUGCAUUGGUUAAUCAACAUAAAUCUGCUAUUUUUGGCAGCCCAAGAGUACACCGCAAGCUUAGGGUGUUUAGAAAUCCCUGAAGUGUUUAAAUACUUUGUAAUUGACUCAAACAGCAGAUCCUGGGCUGGUGUCCAAGGAUUGCCUGAACAAGUCAUGUGCUAUCUGUUGGUUUGCUUUGCUCCACUCUUUACAUGUUAAUAAUCACCUACUGAGCUCCAGUCUACAGAAAAAUAAAAUUUUCAAUUCUAAAUGUAGUAUUUUCAUACAAUAUGAUCAAAGUGACUGUUAACCGCUUUAAAACAGUGCCAGGGCUGCCAAGAUGCCCAUUAACCCUGGUUCACAAACUGGCUAGUAUAUUGUAUUGUUUUGUGUUUGUGAUGUGCCAGCAUUUUCUACCGGAUUCUACAAUGGGUAAAUUACAAAAAGAUAUGGAUUAACCCUUUGGGUGCCAGAGGUUUGUUUACUGCUAUUCUUGUUAGUUUUUCAUGGGGGAGAUGGUCACCUCUGGCUUUGCGUCAAAAUAUAAAACACAUGUUAUAUUUAUAAAUAUCCUAUCUACCUUUUUUUUUAGUAGGUAGAGGAAUCAUAUUAAAGUAAUGUUUUAUUGUUUUCAGAAUCUGAUAUAAUGGCGGGUGUAAGUGUAAUAGCAGUAAUUGAGCUCAAACUCUAAACACACGGCUUAAAAAACAAAUAAAAAUACAUUAAGGAUUUAUAUAUUCUGUUACUUCAUCACACACUUUAUCAUGGUAAUGGCUAGCAAUCAAUCAGAUCACCCGCUGCUAUUCUAUCCAGUAAUAUCAGGGACUUUUAUCAUAGUCACAGCGAUCAUUCAGAUCACACACUGCUGUUCUAUCCAGUAAUAUACUGAGAUCAGGGAUUUUUAUCACAGUCACAGCGAUCAUUCAGAUCACCCGCUGCUAUUCUCUCCAGUAAUAUCAGGGACUUUUAUCAUAGUCACAGCGAUCAUUCAGAUCACCCGCUGCUGUUCUAUCCAGUAAUAUCAGGGAUUUUUAUCACAGUCACAGCGAUCAUUCAGAUCACACACUGCUGUUCUAUCCAGUAAUAUCAGGGACUUUUAUCAUAGUCACAGCGAUCAUUCAGAUCACACACUGCUAUUCUAUCCAGUAAUAACAGGGACUUUUAUCAUAGUCACAGCGAUCAUUCAGAUCACCCGCUGCUAUUCUCUCCAGUAAUAUACUGAGAUCAGGGACUUUUAUCAUAAUCACAGUGAUCAUUCAGAUCACACGCUGCUAUUCUCUUCAGUAAUAUACUGAGAUCAGGGACUUUUAUCAUAAUCACAGCGAUCAUUCAGAUCACCCGCUGCUGUUCUCUCCAGUAAUAUACUGAGAUCAGGGAAUAGUCACAGCAAUCAUUCAGAUCACCCGCUGCUGUUCUUUCCAGUAAUAUACUGAGAUCAGGGACUUUUAUCACAGUCACAGCGAUCAUUCAGAUCACACACUGCUGUUCUAUCCAGUAAUAUCAGGGACUUUUAUCAUAGUCACAGCGAUCAUUCAGAUCACACGCUGCUAUUCUCUCCAAUAAUAUACUGAGAGUAGGUUUUUUUUUUUUUUUUUUUUUUUUAUUCUUUAUUUUUGAGUGCAAAUGAUUACAAGUUAACAGCAUUAACAAGCUUCAUUUUGUUACAUGUUUUGAAAUAGUAGUAUGGAAGGAACCAAACUGCACACUUCUGAUAUUAUAACAGAGAGCUAUGAAGUACAAACAUGGUGGGUGGGUACGAGUAGUAUUAAUAUCAAUAUAGUGUAGCUGACUAAUUUGUUGGUAUGGCUACAAUUCGACUUUAGUGUUAGCAUUCUGAAUCCUAAUAUCAGGCUUAUCUCAGCAGGAAGAUUUGAUGACCCGCGUCCCCCAGUGGGCCCCAGGCUGGUUGCUUAGUUAGGGAGAGAGCAUAGGGUGAGUGUCGGCCAAAGAGCAAGUGAUGGGCCCUAUGCUAUGCACGGGAGCAGAAUACUGAUUUGUAAGGCCACUGACACCCCAUGCCUGCAGUCGAUAGAGCCAGGUCUUCUCUCCCACGGGGACGUUCCAGGCUUUGUGGCCCACGUGAGAGUCGGCAGGUCAGUUUAGGGAUCGGAAACCGGGCUUCCCACUGGCAAGUGGCAGUGAUGACUAUGGGUCUAGGGGCUACCGUGUGGGACCCAGAUGUUGCGCAACGUCGGGCUUUGCGGUACACUGUCUGUGUGUGUUUUCGUUUUUUUUUCUCGGCCAUCCUGGCAAGAGGCGAACCUGUUGGUGCGGAAAAGACAGUGUGUAGCAAAUGGGUGUGUAAAAGCAGGUGGACAUCACAUUGUAUGUGGGUACCUCAAGACAGAAGUGGAAACACAAAACUCGAUUAACAAGCAAGAAAAAAUGUGCAUGUGGUAGUAUUAGGUGUAGGUGGCCUGGCCCUGCAGACCCGUGGUGAGACCUCAGGUGGUGGCCAUCACAUAUGUUUCAGGGGUGAUCCCUCGGAGGACAAAUGUAUCAGACGUUGCUGGGUUCCACUCAUGGGUUUUGGAAGCUGAGCAGGUUUGUUUUAAAGAGUCCUGUGGGAGACCCAGUGUUGUCAGAUGUGCCUCUGCCUCCUGCAAAUCUGUAAUGGAGUACAUAGUUUCUCCGUGGAGUACCUGGAGCUUGUGGGAUGAGCGCCAUUGAUACUUGACGUUGUGUGCACGGAGGAGGAAUGUAACGGGUUUGAGAGAUCUCUGCCAAGUCAUGAUUCCCCCGGAUAGGUCCGCGUAGAAGCUAAGGGCCAUACCCUCAAAAGCAUAUGGUGAGUUUCCCCUGAUUGCGGACAUCCUUGUCCUGUCGUCUCUGGAAUCUAACGAUUAAGUCCCGUGUUGCUGCCGCUGGGGCUGUAGCUGGCUUGGGGAUUUUCAACAUGCCGUCAAAGCUCACCCCAUUAACACUCACCAGGCGCCUCUUGAAGUGGGGCAGCUCCGUAUCUGGAACUUAGUCUGUUAUGCCUCGUAUCUUGAGGUUUUGAGCGCGGUGCAAGUCCUCCAAUGCCGCCAGCCCCUGUUCAAUUAUCAGGUGGUGUUGUUGCAUUGACUUAAAUUCCUGUUGCAGCUGAGUGGCUUGUCGUGUGUGGUUGUGGGAAUCCUGCUCCCCAUGCAGCCUGUCAGGCCUUGGAUGUAUUUCCUGAUAUCAGCCUGUAUGUUCCGUCUGAGUUCCGCCAGCAGUUCCUGCAUGACUGACUUUGUGACCGGGGUUGAGUCCGGUUGCGGCUUGGACUGUGUUGGUACCAGCGAGGUAGGUGGGCGGGUUUCCUCUGCAUCCGAGGUCUGCUCAUCUGAGUCAUCAAAGUCGCCGUUGAUGUAGGCAGCCAUAUUGGGCUACAUCUGCCCGCCGCCAGAGAUCUUCUAUGCUCACACCUGGCCAGGACUGUUCUUGAUUUUGUUUUUUGUUUUCGUACCCACCUCGUUUGUGCUUAUUAGAGGGGCCCAGCUUUUACUUUGGUAAAAGUGGAUAUUUUAGCGGUUUCUUUGCUUGAUGCUACGGAGCACAUAGAGAGUGACCAGUUGGCUUGGCUGCUAAACUCCGCCCCCGAGAUCAGGGACUUUUAUCACAUUCACAGUGAUCAGUCAGAUCACAUGCUGCUGUUCUCUCCAGUAAUAUACUGAGAUCAGGGACUUUUAUCACAGUCACAGCGAUCAUUCAGAUCACCCGCUGCUAUUCUCUCCAGUAAUAUACUAAGAUCAGGGACUUUUAUCACAGUCACAGCGAUCAUUCAGAUCACCCGCUGCUGUUCUCUCCAGUAAUAUACUGAGAUCAGGGACUUUUAUCACAGUCACAGCGAUCAUUCAGAUCACCCGCUGCUAUUCUCUCCAGUAAUAUACUGAGAUCAGGGACUUUUAUCACAGUCACGGCAAUCAUUCAGAUCACCCGCUGCUAUUCUCUCCAGUAAUAUACUAAGAUCAGGUACUUUUAUCACAGUCACAGCGAUCAUUCAGAUCACACGUUGCUGUUCUCUCCAGUAAUAUACUGAGAUCAGGGACUUUUAUCACAUUCACAGUGAUCAGUCAGAUCACAUGCUGCUGUUCUCUCCAGUAAUAUACUGAGAGUAGGUACUUUUUAUCACAGUCACAGCGAUCAUUCAAAUCACACGUUGCUGUUCUCUCCAGUAAUAUACUGAGAUCAGGGACUUUUAUCACAGUCGCAGCGAUCAAUCAGAUCACACGCUGCUAUUCUCUCCAGUAAUAUACUGAGAGUAGGUACUUUUUAUCACAGUCACAGCGAUCAUUCAAAUCACACGUUGCUGUUCUCUCCAGUAAUAUACCGAGAUUACAGCGCUGCUUAUCAUACAGUGCUUUCCUGCUCUAUCACUGUUUGUCUAACCGAUCCACUUUUACAUUUAAUACAUUUACAGUUAGUUCUCUUGAUUUGCAACUUUAGAGCUCAACUUGCUUGGUAUUUAGUUUAUGGAAUUAUUUCAUAUGUUGGGAAUUUUGCUGAGAUCUGCACAGUUGCAGCAGAUUCCCUUUCGCUCAUUUAUCAUCUCUGAAAACCUCUAUUUGCACUGUUAUCUGGAAUCCAUUUUGUGUCACAUGCUUGGCCUGUCAUUGUUCAUUAAGGAGUUUCCCUGAACCUCUUGUAUGUCAGCAUUACCAGACCAAUGUUUCUCAUCCCUUAGAACCAGGAGGGAAUAGGUACAGCCAUUCUGUAUAAACCUGUUUGACCUUCAUGUCUUAUGUUGUAUAUUGUGUGUUUGACUCCUUUAUAUGUGUUUAUUUUCUAGGUUACUUCUCGAUGGACUUUCCGCUGUCCUGGCUGCCCUCAGGCCCUCUCACAUGACGACUCACAUUUUCAUGAGCGGCACAAAUGCAUUAACUUCUUUGUAAAGGUGUAUGGAUACAUGCCACUGCUAUACACCCAGUUCCGAGUGGACUCUGUUCUCUUUAAGACUCGGCUUCCUCAUGACAAAACAAAAUGUUUCAAGUUCAUUUAACACAAUUCUGCUGGAAACGAUAAUGGGGAUGUUUAAUGCUGCCCAGAUAUUGCCUCAAGUGUUCCACUCCAAUCUUAAAGAAACCAUUGUAAACUAUGAAUCAUUGAAUUAUAACACUAAAACGCCACAUACGAUACACUGAAGGACUUUGAUUAUAUAUAUAUAUAUAUAUAUAUAUAUAUAUAUAUAUAUAUAUAUAUAUAUAUAGCACCCAGGGAAUAAAAACAAUGAUGUAAUUAUUUUUUUUUUUUUAAUUGCCAUGCAAAUAAUUUAUAUUUGCGUGAUGGGACUUUUACUGUCUCUAUAUAGUCUCUUCUAUUGGAUAACUGAAAAAAAUCUGUUUGGUAAGGUAUGUGCAUGUGGUCGAAGCCUGUAGAACUAGCCUGCACCCAAAACAUAAUCAAUUUGGCAACCUCUUCAAAUUAGAUUGGAUAGGCCGUAGAUUUUGUCAAAUGUGUCGUCUGUCCACUAAGAGGAUCCUUUAAUAUGGACUUUUCAAUAAAGCACAUUUAUUCUUUUGUAGUCCCCUACCGAAGAAGGAAAUCAAGCAUUCUCUGUAUUUUACAUGUACCAUUCUGUAAAGGGAUCGAACAUUCUGGGAAAUUUUCCUCCAUUACAGUCAACAAGCAGAGCUGAACCCGAGGGAAUAGUUAGAUAUCAUGUAUAAUAUCACAUCACAUCUGCCAUUUUUUCUUUUCCAAGUCGGCUUCCACAUCGUUAAGAGUAUCAAUGAAUAAAUAAAGCACAGAAUCACAUUUUCCCCACUUUGUUUGUACAUUAGUAUAUUGUUAUACAGAUCAAGAGGUAUAGAUUAUGUAUGUAGAGUCUAUGGACUGGUGUUUUCAGUAAAUAGGUAUUACGUGGGGAAAUGAUAUCUGAUUCUGAGAAAUCUUAGUAUUCCUGAACAUACAUGCUUGUUAUUCUAGAAGGUUAAAGUUUUCAAAUCAGUACUGUCCGAUAAACAUGUGGAUAUUGAAGGAUACAGCCUGGAAGCUUUUUUUAUUUUUAUUUAACAAAAAAAAAAAAUCAUAGAAUGGCUGAUUAAUCUAGCCCUGACAUGAAAUCAACAGCACUGGAAGCACAUUCAACAAUUCAACUAGGUAGCAAAUGACUAUGUACAAUAUGUGUUUGCUGGCAAGAUGCUACCGUUAACCUCAAGGUAUAGCACCUUGAAAUAUACAAUCUGAGUAACUGUGGUAUGUUAGAAUUUUGCAAUUUUCUGUUGAUGUAGUUAAACAUUUUUAUAUAUGAAAAAAUACAAACAUGCUGCUACUUCUAGUAUAUGUUGUACUAAAGUUGAAAAUGAGGCUUAUCUGCAAAGUAAUUUAUAAUAAAUCUGCAAAUUCUAAUACCAAGGUUACUCAGAUUGUAUACUUUUUUUUUUACAUUGCCUUUAUUUCAAUGUAAACAAGAUUUUAUAAUAUUGGUUUCCAGAUAUAGAAAAUUCUCAUUUAGAAUCUUUUUGGAGAGAGAAAGAGAUUGUUGAUACGUUUCAUUUAGAAAGGAAGCUAUACCAAUAGAAAGAGAGGAUAAUACAUUGUGAAUCAGUUUCACCCAUAAAUUUAAAAUAAUUCCGUCACGUUUUACAAAACUACAAAAUGAUACCUAGCGAAAUGCAUUGCAAUGUCUUAACUUGCUCUAGUAGUAAGGUAUGUUCUUAGCUCCCGUGCAGCCUUUUUAUUUAGUUUUUGUGAAUUCUUUUAGAUUUUGUUCAGGUCCUGCACAUAUUUGUUGAUUCACAGGAUUGUGCCCACUUUUGUGCUAAAGCAGAAUUAAGAUGGAACCUAGAGUACAAUUAGAAUAUUGUAGCUUCUACUGUAAUCCUGUAAAGAUCAAGCACAAAUCUUUUACUAAUGCCCGUUCCCCUUUGAAUAGUCCAAUACAAAAUUUGCAAUCAAGAAUGAACAGUCUCUUUGCCACCAUUUGAUUUUUUUAUUAUUUUUUUAUGUUAAAAUUGUGAUUUUUAUGGUUUAAUUUUCAACUCUCCCUUUUGUUUUUGUUAGGUUUCUUGUAAAAAAAAAUUGUAUUAUUCUGCAGUUGUUUACAUAUAUGCGUAAUUUUUGUGAGAAUCUGGAGUACAGUUGCUGAGAUUAGGGCAUUUAAUCUCCUAGGGACACCAAGGUUUACAUUUUCAGUUCAAUGACAUUUAGACCGUAGUAAUAUAUACACUGAUGGAUGUCUUAAUAAAGUAUCUUCUGGGUUGUUUUUAUUGUGGCUGUUUUGCAAUUUAAUUUGGGAC